GCCGGAGGAGAGUUCCUUCGCCGGGCAGGGAUGGCCAAGCCGGAGCACGUGAAAUAAACAAGCGGCUCCCGGAGCUCUCGCCGCCUCCCCAGACGGAGGCUUUUCCGUCCGAGAGGCCAACAUGAUUCCGCCCAGCGACGCGACACAAGUCAGCCCGGAGGACGUGGAGAAGGACCGCGACCCGGAGAGCCCCGAGCAGCCGCCUUCGCCUGCCUCCACCACCAGCCAGGAAUCCAAGGUCGGUCCCGCUCGCUCCAUCCGUGCAUCCCUAUUCGGAGAGGGGAUCGAUCUCUCUCCAUGGCCAGGCGCGCUUACGUGCCCGUCCUCCUUUUGCGCCUGCAAAAAUGUCUUUGAGGUGGGAUCUCGCCAUUCACCUGGCGGAGCUGGGAAAGAACGGGGGGCGGGGGGGGCACCUGGCUGGGUUUAGGAUUAGUUUGCUUAUUGCAUUUAUUUUCUGGAGGGAGAGGUUUCAAAGCACUCUGUCAGACCAUUCCUCUGUUUGGCACUCCGGUUGCUCUGGCAUCACGUGUUGAUCCUCAUGAAAUAGACUGUGACAGAUUUAUUAUAGGAAAGUUGCCUGUGUGUGUGUAUGUUAAAAAAUGUCUUUCCAGGAACUUUGCCAUUCAGCUGAUAAAUAGGUCAGUAGCUGAAGUCUAGCUGAAGAGCUGCUAUUGUAGGGGAAGAACUGCCAUCCAUAAUAAUAAUAAUAAUUUUAUUGUCUGGUACCCCGCCCAUCUGAGUGGGUUGCCCCAGCCACUCUGGGCGGCUUCCAACAUAUAUAAAGAGCAUGAUAAACGGGACCACCCCCCUCUUGCCUCCCCAAAAAUCAUAUUUUAUUGGCCUGGUUUGGCUUACCUGAUUUAGGAAAAUGAUGCUUCUGUUCUGCAUUCCAUCCCUCAAAAUUAAGUGAUAUAAUAGGUAAGAAGUUUCGGAGUGGAUUACCUGAAUUAGAAACAAAGAUCUGUAAGUGAGCAGAAGGAAGAGCAGAUGAGCAGAACAACGGUGCUCUUCUGUUUAACGGGAGCAUGACGUAAGAGGCAGGAGUUACCUAAAACAACUUGUUAGCUAUUCGUGUUGCUGCUGAUAAACACAACUUCUCAUAGACCUUGUGCCCUGGUAUUUAACAGAAGACCAACCCGCACAUUUGCCACAGCGGAUUUUAGUGAUGUGAUGUGCCACAAUUCUUUGGCACGCCCUUUGAAAAGGAUUGCAGCAUCUUCCAAAAUGAGCACCUUGCCAUUUUACAGUCACCCCCUCCUGUUACAAGUGGAAUAGAUUUGGAAUGCUCCUCCAGAAUAGUAUUACUAUUAGUAGGGUAAAAUGGAUAAUGGUCGCUGUAGCCACCUUGACAGGCCUUGAGCAUCCUCGUGGAAGUUGAUAUGAUCCUAACUGGCACUUCAAAGGUGGUGCUCAGCAGGAUGGAAGUUUGUGCUUUGAAUGAGGAGGUCAUGUGGACAAAUGGACUUGCCACCAUGCUGUCAAAGAGGGAUUGUUCAUUGCUUGUGGCUACAGCACCGUACAGUCUUGAUUAUAGCUAUUGAUGUGUUACUUCCUUCCAAAUCUAUGGGAGAUAUAUAUGAGUCAGUGGCAACUGAUGACGGGAUUGCAGCCUAAACUCAGGAAAUAUAAAUAGGGUUUCAUUUUCUCCUUACCUUUUAUAGUAACUAACUAUGACAGGCAUGUCCAAAGUCCGUUUCGUGGGCCUAAUUUGGCCCGCCGGUCAAUUUAAUCUGGCCCCUGUGGCAGUUUUUUUAAGGUAAAAUCCUUAAAAAACCUCAACAACUUCAAUCCUAAAAGAAGCUCAACAAUUUUGGGGUAAAAUAAUUAAAAAGCUCAGAACUUCAAGAACUUCAAUCCUAAAAAAAGGUCAACAACUUGGUCCAACUUGGUCAGCCCCCGCGGCCCUUCACUUCAUCAAAUCUGGCCCUCUUUGAUAAAGUUUGGACACCGCUGAACUAUGAUUUGAUGUGGAGGGGUGUAUGCACGUUGGGCACAAAGCAAAAUAUUUUAGAUCAUAGAAUCAUAGGAUUGUAGAGUUGGAAAGGACCCUGAGGAUCAUCUAGCUCAACCCGCUGCAAUGCGGGAAUAUGCAGCUGUCCCAUACAGGGAUCGAACCUUGGCAUUAUCAGAACCACACUCUAACCAACUGAGCUAUCCAGGAAAUAUUGUGUAUGAAUAUAUUUCACACAAUGCAGAGUUCAUUGUGUGUACCCACCUCUCAAAAUACACACGUGGAGUGUUAAAACAUAAAUGUAAGUACCAGUGUGUUGUUGGUCCUUCAGGCUUUGAUGCAAGGUCUCAAAUGCUAGUAAUUUUGCUUUCAGACAGACACAAUAGUUCUUAAAAACUCAAAAGGGCUUUUAAACAUCAGGUAUUGUUUAGUAACGUAUUUGUGGAGUACUUUUGGUGUUUUCUUCUAAUGAAGAAUGUAAAAUGUACUACUAGUUUUGUUGUGGUAUAACAAUGUGAUGCCAGUAUUCCAACUAAGUUUGCUAAUAUUCAUACAACAGUCGAAAACAAAAUUAGGAGGAGUGAAAUAAUCUCUUUCCAAUUUCAGAUUUGCAUUUGGAAAGACACAUUUUAAAGAUCUGUAUUCUUAUUUGGUCAGUUUUUUCAUUUAGGCAAAAUUAAAAUGUUGGCUCCACAAAUAAUCAACAGUUUGAAACUAAUCACCAUUGAAACCAAUUUCAGUCAGUGUUACACCCUCCAAUGUUAAAUCUGGAAAGAAAUGAUAAACUACAUGGGGCAUUCUGGAGUUUGUUUCUUAUCAGGUGGGAAACCAUGGCCUUUCUGAAAUAUCCAUACUAGUUUUCCUUUUGGUAAUUGGCUCAAACAAACACAUGUUGGGGUUGUACUAUUAGUACACAUCUGCAGCCAUUGAUGGCGAAGUUUUAUAUAUGUUCAUUUUAUUAAAAAUAUUAAAGGGUGGCAGCCAGUCCCAGACUGGUGUCCUUUGAUGUUAUAUCAAUCAAUCAAUUUAUUACGGUCAUAGACUAGACCAGGCAGCCGGCACGCAUGCCCCUUUUCACAGGAGAAGGCAAGCAUGUUGCAAACGCUUGCACUCCACUCUGGCCCCCUGCGCCUUUGGGCGGCCCCCUUGCUCCUCACCUGCAGAGCCUUUGAUGUUAUACAGCACAACAGGGGAAGGUUUCAAGAUAAGGGGAAAGGGAAAAUGUGUCCUUUUUCUUCAUCCAUCCUGAAACUUUAUCCACGACACUGUGAAUCCCAGAAUGCUCUCCAAUGGCCCCUGUUCUAUCUUGGCCAGGGGCAUUUGUGUUAGAGGGUUGGAGAACAGAAACAUGCCCCCCCCCCCCAAAAAAGUGUUUCAGAUCCCUGCUGGUUACUGCUCAAUCUGAAAUUGCUUUAUACUCCCGCUUUGUAGAUAAAUAAUUAGGGAAGGGAAGAACAGUACACUGCUCCCUCUUCCCUACCCACAAGUGUAACAGGCAGAUAUCAUAACUGGAUGUUUUGUUUCCAUGGGUGCAACACUCAUGUGGCAGCUUUCGUUUCUGGAGUACAGAUCCCAGGUUUAAGGGCAAAGUCAGGCAGUUUUUAUAGUGGUGCACUUUGUAAACACAGCACUAAGGCGGCGGCUUUUGCAAUUCCGUGGCUGCCUUUUGGCCUUAACUCUGAGACCUGCGCUCCAGGGCGGCUGCUCCUACAGGUCCUUUACAUGUGUGGUCCUAGCACUGUUUCAUGGAAACAUGCGAAAGCAACUGUUCUUGCAGAUCUUACUUCCUUCUGGCCUUAGAAAGAAGGCCGGGAGAGAGCCAAGAACACAGUGGGCACUUUUUCACUUUCUGAGAAAAGUUCUUUGAAAUAAAUGAGGCUUAUUGCCAAGUACCUGUCAUUUGAGAAGGGAUUGCAAGUGAUCCUUGGUGCAAUUAUUUUCAAAUUACUGUUUAAUGGAUAGUUGCAAUCGGACACUUUUUCAUAACUCUUCCCUCACUCCUGCCCCAUUCAGCCUACAUCAUUUAUAAUUAGAUUUUCUGGAUGUCUUUUGCGGGAUCUAAUCCCUCGCGAAGUCUGUGGACUUUCACUGUUGCAGAGAUUUGAUCCUGGCUUAGUCAGGUAUUCUAACCACUAUACCAUGCAUAAGUAAUGUGUGGCCCUCCAGAUAUGGUAGAACUACAACUAUCAAACCUGACCAUUGGUCAUGCUGACUGGGGCUGAUGGGAAUUGAAGACCAACACAUCUGCAGGGCCACAGAUUCCCCGUCCCUGCACUAAAAGGUAAAGGGUAAAGGACCCCUGGACAGUUAAGUCCAGCCAAAGGCAACUAUGGGGUGCAGCGUUCAUCUCGCUUUCGGGCCAAGGGAGCCAGCAUUUGUCCAUAGACAGCUUUCUGGGUCAUGUGGCCAGCAUGAUUAAACCACUUCUGGCGCACCAGAACACCAUGACGGAAACCAGAACACACGGAAAUGCCGUUUACCUUCCUGCCGCAGUGGUACCUAUUUAUCUACUUGCACUUGCGUGCUUUCAAACUGCUAGGUUGGCAGAAGCUGGGACAGAGCAGCAGGAGCUCACCGCAUCACACAGAUUAGAACCACUGCCCUUUCAAUCGGCAAGCCCAAAAGGCUCAGUGGUUUAGACCUCUAUCCCUCCACUAAACAGAAUGCAAAUCAGCAGAAUCACUGACUUGUAGAAUUGUGGAGUUGGAAGGGAGUUGCGAGGAUCAUUUAGUGCAACCCCCUGCAAUGCUUUUGCCCAACGUGGGAUUCAAAUCCAUGAGCCUGAGAUUAGGAGUCUCAGGCUCUACCAACUUAGCUACCAAGUUUUUCACCAGAUGAAUCACGUCCAGCUGCAGGUAGAAGGUUUUAAGGUGGGUUAAUACAUCGAUCCAUUCAAACUCAAAGAGCAUGUUGGCAAGAAACAUAAACUGGUCUCUCCUUUGCAUUCCAGUUUUAUUUUGUAUAGUAAGAUUUCCCCACCCCCUUCCAAACAUGCCCUCUCCGACUGUCAGGCUGCAGUCGAGAUGAAGUGUUACCGUGUGAUGCUGCUGGUUGUGAGAAAUGGCUGUGAGUUACAGAUCAGCUUGAACUGGGGUGGGAGGUGGGACUGAGUUGUGCUAAUUGCACCAAUCUGUUUAAAACUCGUUUUGAUACUGUAUUUUUAAAUUGCUGUAACUCACCCUAGUGAGUUUGGCCGCUACACUCUAGAAGUCUGCAAAGCUGAAGAGCCCAAGGCAGGGGCUGAUGGGAAACAAAGCAAGCUGGGGAGAAUCGAUGUGGCUUGCUUGCUCAUCUGCAAGUUGUCUAAAACAAACCGUGGCUUAGGGUUACUUGCAAAUGAAACCUAUUGACGUUUGUUUUAAAACACUUGCAGCCUGCCUAGUUAACCUUGAUCCUUUAAGGAAGCAAUCCUAACCACACAUACUUGGUCAUGAAUUCUCCAUCACCCUAAGCAAAUGUGUCUUGGAUUUAGGUAUGAUUCUCCCAAAAAUUACAGGCCAGAUUCUACUGCCCUUAUGUGCUGACAUCUGAUUAGCAUUUCACACAACACGCCACCUGCUUCAUUCUGAGUGCAUUUAUUAGUAUUGACUCCAGUCCAUAAAACUGCCAAGGGUCACACAACUUGAUCUGCCUUAAUUGGUUGAAUGAAGUCUAACUUGCACUUCAGUGGAACAAGCAGUAACAGACACCCCUGAGGUUGCAUGGUUGUACUCUGUUUACUAUCACAUCGUACCUUACUGCUGUAUGUGAUAUAUACCUGGCACACAAAACCUAAACCUAAAAAGCUAUGGUUUGCAGAAGCUAGGGAGGUGUUUGCCAAUAGACACUUACUAUAUUAGGACUUGGUCAGCAGCCUUCACCACUGCAACUGUUGCAUUGUAGCAUAAAACCUGAUCCUAUGGAGACAACAUAUUAGGCCAUUAAUAUAUCUGAUCCCAUUGCUAGCAACAAUCCUGAAUUAUUUCUUUUAAUUACUUUCAUCUAUUUGUUUGUCUGCCUGUCUGCUUCAGCUUAUUAUAUAGGUGGUGGACUGGUCUUAUCUAUGUUCUAUUGUAUAUAGGCAUUUCUGCUAUUUGACACGAAUGCUUAACCUUUAUAAUAUACAGUACUUGGGAUAUUUUUGUUGAGUUACUAUUUGAAGUGCAGUGUUGAUCUUGGAUAAUAUUUGCUUGCUGCUUGCUCGUUCCCUUUUUUAGUUUUCGCAUGAUAGUUUAUUACAUGAUAGAUUAUAGAUUUUACGGCUUGGUUUUGUGAUUCUUCUAUAUAUUCUUCUAUACAUACAGUCCAUGCUUUGGUAGAGUUUGAUGGGUCCAAUUUGUAUGUUUACCAAUAUUCUUAGGGAUGGAGCAAAUCCUGACUUCUGGAAGAGUUUUCAACUUUCCUCUUUCAGGAGAGAGUGGCCAGUUAAUGCUUUCUCCUAUAACUUCUCAUUCAAAUCUUUCUACUUGUCUCUUCUGACUCCUGUCUCUUAAGCUUCAAUUUAAAAAUUAUAACCCAAGGAAUCAUAGAAAUUUAUCUUGGCAUUGUAAUUAUUGGAAUAUAAUGAUCUGUUCACAAUUGCAUCAGAGUUUUAGAGCGGUUUCUGUAGAAUCCUACCACAUUCAUGUUAAAUUUAUCAGUGCUUUACUAUGAUUCAGUCAUCCUUUACUAUGAGAAGGGAAAGGGGUAUUUUAUUCUAAGUGCAAUCAUACUAGGCUCCCUGUCUGUUGUGGUAUCUGUCUGUCUUGAGAGACAAUGGACCUCCAGGGUGAAGUCAAACCGCUGCUUUAGCAGCACAGAAGUGAUCUCCCCAGGGCACAAUCCUGGGCAGAGGGCAUGGAAGUUCUGGGCUCUCCAGACAACAAGGCUCCACUCUCAACCUCACUGAUGUCGUCCAAAGGAAAGCAGAGCAAUACGUUUAGCACCAGCUACAGGAGUUGCCAGAAGGAGGUGUACAAAGCACCAUCCAACCGUCUUAGGGACUGCACUCUGGAUUUACUCCCUAGCCUUUUCUUCUCUCAAAGAUGACACACAAGGCAGGACCUGACUUCCUUCUCCUUGAUGAGCUACCUUCUCAGGUUGAUGAGCCCCAUUUGCCCUCACUUCUCUCUUUAACACAUUCAGAAACCACCUUCUUGACCAUUGGACCCACUCUUGGUCUUGUCCACUCCAUCUGCCAGAGCCUGUCUUCACAUGCAGGGGAAGUCUGUAACUCACGGAGGGUUUGAGACCCAUUAACCACCUUCACAUGGUUUAGCUGGCCAGUCAAAGCUGUUCCCGAGGUGUAGCCGCUGUUGCAUGCUGACAAGCAGAGGGCCUUCUUGGUUGUGGCACCCACCCUGUGGAACACCCUCCCAUCAGAUGUCAAGGAAAUAAACAACUAUCUGACUUUUAGAAGAAGACACCUGAAGGCAACCCUGUUUAGGGAAGUUUUUAGUGUCUGAUGUUUUAUUGUAUUUUUAAUAUUUUGUUGGAAGCCAUCCAGAGCGGCUGGGGAAACCCAGCCAGAUGGGCAGGGUAUACAUAAUAAAUUAUUAUUACAGUGGUACCUUGGGUUACAUACACUUCAGGUUACAUACGCUUCAGGUUACAGACUCCGCUAACCCAGAAAUAGUACCUCAGGUUAAGAACUUUGCUUCAGGAUGAGAACAGAAAUCACGCGCUGGCAGCAGUGGGAGGCCCCAUUAGCUAAAGUGGUGCUUCAGGUUAAGAAGAGUUUCAGGUUAAGAACGGACCUCCGGAACAAAUUAAGUACUUAACCCAAGGUACCACUGUAUUAUUGACAGCUUCUGGGAGCUACAGGUGAGAGUUGAGUGCAGAGUCUUUAGAAAAAUUCUAAUCAAACUCUAACCAAGUGUUCUGUUCCCAGCUUCUAAUAUGGUGAUAGGGAGACUCCAGUGACCCUCAGGAUAUUGCUGGACUCCAGUUCCCAUCAGCCCCAGUCAUUGUGGCCAAAGGCCAGAGAUUAUGGGAGUUGGAGUCCAGCAACAUCUGGAAGGUUGCAGAUUCCUUGCUUAUGUUUUAAUGCAUCUCAUAUUGCAUAAAAUCAGGGUCUCCUUUCACAGCAUGUGCCUCUUCCUACCCCCUUGUGCAAAAUCCUAAAGCUGGCUGCUGUGAACAUUUGUGCACUACAGCGUGUUCUGGUUUUUGUUAUUUGCAAAGCAAUAAAAGUGUCUGAGCUCACUUGACUAGGUCCAAUUCAAAAAAAAGCAUUGGAAUGCCCUAUGACUUCACUGCACCCUAUAUAACACCCACAUAGCUCCCUUGGCAGGACACUUUCAGAGAGCAACUCCUGGAACGAGGGUUCAAGAAUCAUGCACUGACAGCAGCUCACUGCAUACAGCCCUUUGGGAAGGACCACAGCUCAGUGGUAGAGCAUCACUUUCCACACAGAAUGCCCCAUGUUCAGUCCCUGGAAUCUCCAGGUAGGGAUGGGUGAGACCCCUGGGCAGGACUACCCCUGAUGUCAUACUGAUGCCAGGAGAUUGGCAGCUGUCAAAGGUUUGUGCAAAGCUUCCUAAAGCCCUAUGCUCAGCACUUCCCAAGUGCAGCACUUCUGAAGGGCCUGGUCAUCAGCUGCAUGUCGAGCUCUUGGGAAGCAGAGCGCAAGAGGCUCUGCAGGCACCACUAGCCAGCAGGACCUGCAAACCUGCUUUCAGUUGAGCCCCAGCCUUACCUACCCCACAAGUGGGUGUGCAAAGCAAGCAGGUGGGGCUUUGCUGAAACAACCUUGCAGGCCAAAUGGAGAGGUCUGGCAGGCAAAAUUUGGCCCACGGGCUGGAAGUUGCCCACCCUUGUGUUGGAGCAAUUGAAUUCAGACAAGGUGCAGUAUUCACAUAUAAACAAAGGGGGUUGGGGAGACAUGGGAGGGAGUCACAGCCUUUACCCUUCAUAGCCCUUGCGCUGACCCAUUACAAAGGGAGGGUCACUAAUGUCUGUUCAGUUUCCUUAAACCUCAGAGGAAGUGCCAGGUCAACACAAUCCUGUUCCUGCCAGCAAGCAUGCGGAUUUCUAAAGGAUGAGCUGUUCCUGAGCCAAAGGGGAUUCCAUGAGAAAGCAGCUAUAACUUAGCAGCUCAGCACAGUUCUAAUGAAAGUAUGAGACAGGUUCAUUUACAGCCUAUUGCAAACACUGACUUUCCCUAGACUGCUAUGCAUUUGUAGGCACACCCACCCACAAACUCAUACCCCCAUACGCUUAAUGGAUAGUAAAUACAUCCUAAUAAAAUUAAGUUUCCAAUAUAGAUAUGCAGAGAAGACCCAGGUCUUGAGGUAGAUUAUCCGGCUUGCAAUCCUAUUGAAGCUAAUUGGUUUUAAGUCAUGGUGUGUUUGACCGAUAGAGUUGCAUGGAGAUUUCCCCUGCAUAAUAGAAUUAAUACCUUUAGAGUCUCUAUUGGUGACGGAUAGGUUACUAGCUACUGAAUAUUUUAAAAGGGCAAGGAAAUGGCAUGCAGACUAUGUUCAUCCAUCCUUCAGUCUGCUGAGUAAACAUGCAAACUUCAGUUUCAAGGAGGGAAACUCUUUUAAAAAUAUUCCCAAAGAGGAUUUGAAAACAGCCAGCUCUUCCAGAGCUGUUUUCCAUACGUCUGCAUAAAAUGGUGAGUACACAUUGUGCAUAAAUGAGACUUCUUAUACAGAGGAGGGGGUGAAUUAGAUACUAAACUGGACAUACACACUGUGAACUUUUCAAGGUGUAUCCAUUCACCGAGCAAGGAAGAGCUGGUGUUUAUCUAUGAAUAACUGAUUUUAAACUUCUGUCUUGAUUGAGGUACCAGCGUGUAAUGUAUCUCCCCCUCUUUACUUGUACAUAUUGCCUAGAUUUGAAUAUUGUCUCACUAGCGAAUGUUUCCAUUUUAUUUUAUUUAAAUAUAUUUUCAUUGAUUACCAAUAUAUAACAACAAUUACAAGAAAUAGAUACAAAAGCAAAAUCCCAACUAACCCGCCUCCAGGACAGAUAAAUCUUGUUAAGUUUGCCAAAGUUCAAUCUGUGGUUAUACAUCUUUGCAUUAAUCAGUUCUUAGUGCAUUUCCCCAUUCGUUUCGUCACUUGACAAAGGUUGUUUUUUUUUUUUAAAAGAGAGUAGAAGUGUUGCACCAAAAUACUUUAAUCUACUUUAAUGCACAAAGCCGAAUUUUCAAUAUGCAAUUGAAUCCUUCCUACAAAAUGCUGCGGAAAGCCCAUGUUUAUAGGCUUCACACCUCUACCAAAUCCUGGUAGCAGCAGGGCAAAGCUGUUGCCUUCAUGGCUUUUUUUGUCAGCUUCCUAGAGGCUGACGGCUGUUUGCAGCAAAAUGUUGGAUUAGAUGAAUGGGUACCCGCAGGAGGGGAAGCAAGAGGAGGCAACCAGUGAACCCCCAGAUGAACCAUUAUCACCAGAUUCCCAGCUUUCUUACAAAAUAAAAGUUUCUAGCAUUUGUAGAACCUGAGAUAUGAUGGGGAGGGUGUACAGACACUAUUCUUCUCAAUUUUGUGAGAAAUCAGCCUGCUCCCCCUAGGUUCCCCAUCCUUGUAUUAGAAACUCUAGUGCAGUAAAGCAAGUACAGUGGUACCUCAGGUUAAGAACUUAAUUCGUUCUGGAGGUCUGUUGUUAACCUGGAACUGUUCUUAACCUGAGGUACCACUUUAGCUAAUGGGGCCUCCCGCUGCUGCCGCACGAUUUCUGUUCUCAUCCUGAAGCAAAGUUCUUAACCCGAGGUGCUAUUUCUGGGUUAGCGGAGUCUGUAACCUGAAGUGUUUGUAACCUGAGGUACCACUGUACCUAUUUUCACACAGGUGAACGUCCAUUGGCAAGCCAAGCAUUAAUACAACGUGAGGGCACCAGAUGUGCCGCGAUACAAAAUUUGUAUCAAUCAUUCUCAAAGGGUUACUGUGGCUCAGAUAUUAGGAUGCCCCUCAGUGGUGCAGAUACAUAAUUUUAAACUCUGGACUACAUGGUCUUAUGCUCCUCCACUCUUGCACGCCCAAACACUCUCUCUCUCUCUCUCUCUCUCACUCUCUCUCUCUCUCUCUCUCACACACACACACACACACACACAGUGUGCUUGCGGUUGCAUGCUCCUAGAUAGCAAUUUGAGGUCCAUUUUUCAUGACUGAACACCAUUCCCCCUAUAUCUUGUGUUAUACUCUGCAGCAGAAACCUAUGCUGGAUUCUCCACCAUAAGACAGCAGAACCCCAAAGCUCUUGGUGCCCAUUUUAAUUUCUUUGGCAUCUGCUGCCAAAUUCUCAGGGAUCUUGAGGGCUAUAGGAAAUUCCUUGAGUUGAAUCAGGUCCCCAGGCCAGGGUUUAGUCACCUCCCGUACUGCUUUACAAAACUGUUUCUAAGUUCAAAGCCAUUGGGUUCCAUUGCAGUUGCCCCACUUGCCAUCUUAAAGCAGAGCUAUGCCAGAAUUUCUCAGAAUAAAAUUUUGGGUAGGGGUAGGAUUAAGUUAUUCUGACUAUUGAAGUCCAUUUUUGCUCACCCUUAGGAUAGGUUGUGAAUUUUAGCUAUGACAUGUUAAACCAGGGGUGUGGGGAGCAUGCAUGUGAGCUGUUGAUGAUGUUCUGCACACUCUUUUGAAUGUGCUUAGAAACAGCCCUAAUGUUAGGAAAUCUUGAUAAACAAAGAUGCUCUCUCAUGGGGAGGUUUCAAGAUGUUUCCGCUUCCAAAGUGUCACUAUUUUGUGGGUGAGGGUCAAUCACAUAUCUGCUAAUUCUGGUUGUGCAAGUGGUUCUGAUGCUCUUGUGCAGUAAAGCCACCCCCCCCCCAAAAAAGGACAUUUUGUGGUAAGGGAAAUGAUAGAGAAAGACACUGGAUGGUGUGGGAUGCAGUUCCUUGAUACAAACAAAUCAGAAUGAAAGCUGAAUAAACUGCAGACACUGGAUAAUGCCCCUCAAACAUUGUACAAACGGAUCUGAAUGAAUGCUCAAUAAACAGUGGGUGUUCUAUAGCAUCUCUGCAAACUCUGUGGAUGAAUGCCCAAUACACAGGUUGUAAGUGCAUUCAGUUGAAUGCACAUUAAAAUCCCCUUCUGGUUACGCCUGUUACGUUAAUUGCCCAAACAUCUGAAGAGCAGCUGCUGCACCUAGGGAUGUUGGGGGCAGGGCUUGGUCCCCCCCCCAGUUUAACCCUCUGUGUGUUCAUGUGAACACCUGCGCACAACUUUUGUCUUAAAGAACCAAAUUCUAGGCUUGUUUUCUCUUCACAAGGCUGAAAGCGCUUUGCAUCUUUCUACUUUGAGUUCCUUGCACGUGCAAUAAACAAACUUGACAUUGAAGGCUUUCAUAGAAAACUAGGGGUUUUCCACCUCUCCUCUCUUGCCAUAAACCUGGUCUGUAUGCUUGAUAAGGUUGACUUCAGUGAAAUUCAGAUGGGUAAGGAUUUGAAUAGUUACCCAAGGAACAGGUAGCGAUUUGAAAAAGACUUGGGAUAGGUGGAGCAGGAGGCGUCCUUCCUGCAGUCUGGAAUUCCCAUGGCAUUUAAACAAACCUAAUGUGAGGUUGUUGAUGCAAAUUAGCAAUCUUUCAUGCAACCUUGUUAUCCCUCGUCAUGUAAACAAGCUCUAAAGUAGCUGUUUUAUUAACUACUGCCAUCAGGUUAUUCCACCAUCCUCAGGAGCUUUUGAGGCACAGUUUGAAUUCCUGAGUCAAUCCUUUUAUAUAUAUAUAUAUAUAAAAAGGAGUGUCAGCGGCAGCUCAGGAGAUAUCCUUUGCUUGAUGUAGAUAAGCUUUUAAAUGGCAUUGGGAAAUGGAGCAUUAUUCAUACCUAACAUGCACACUGCUUUAUUAAUGAGGCCCGUUUCAGUAAAGUCAACCAUUCUGAAUGGAAAGCAAAAUACUGCUGACCCGGUGCACAUGCCAAUUAGGCACAGACUUCACGGGAGUAAAAUGCUCGACUCUGGCUGACGUACGCUUUACGGCUAUUUUUUACAUAAAAAUAGGAGAACAAUCCUUUUGUGCAUUGAGGGGUGGGGUGGGGUGGCUUUGUUAUGAUAAAGCAAGCCGUAACCUCGGUCACAGCAAAAUGAUGGGGAUGCUGUUGAAAAUGGUUAUGAAUCUUAUAUGUUUGACUUUCACAGUUCUCCCCCUCCUCAAUUAAUCCACACAACAACCAUGGGUGGGGAUUUGAACCCUGGUCUCCCAGCUCCUAGUGCAUGGGUAGGCAAACUAAGGCCCACGGGCCAUAUCCAGCCCAAUCGCCUUCUGAAUCCGGCCCGUGGACAGUCCGGGAAUCAGCAUGUUUUUACAUGAGUAGAAUGUGUCCUUUUAUUUAAAAUGCAUCUCUGGGUUAUUUGUGGGGCCUGCCUGGUGUUUUUAUAUGAGCAGAAUGUGUGCUUUUAUUUAAAAUGCAUUUCUGGGUUAUUUGUGGGGCAUAGGAAUUCAUUCAUUUUUUUUCAAAAUAUAGUCCGGCCCACCACAAUGUCUGAGGGACAGUGGACCGGCCCCCUGCUGAAAAAGUUUGCUGACCCCUGUACUAGUCUCACACUCUAACACUGCACCACGCAGGUCCAACAAUCUGACUCAGUAUAAAGCAGCUUGCUAUGUACUUAAUUAAAAGAGAUCAAAGCAAUGAAGAUUUGGACACUGUUCUAAAUACCUUCCUAUGAAGAUGGAGACCUAAUUCAUACAUUACCAAAAUGGCUUUCUUAUGGGCUGGAUCCUGUAUCAUUCAGGUAGUGUAAAGGGAUCCCUGACCAUUAGGUCCAGUCGUGGACGACUCUAGGGUUGUGGCGCUCAUCUCGCUUUACUGGCCGAGGGAACUUCUGGGUCAUGUGGCCAGCAGGACUAAGCCACUUCUGGCAGACCAGAGCAGCACACGGAAACACCGUUUAUCUUCCUGCCGGAACGGUGCCUAUUUAUCUACUUGCACUUUGACGUGCUUUCGAACUGCUAGGUGGGCAGGAGCUGGGACCGAGCAAUGGGAGCUCACCCCGUCCCGGGGAUUCAAACCGCCAACCUUCUGAUUGGCAAGCCCUAGGCUCUGUGGUUUAACCCACAGCACCACCCACGUCCCAUUUGCACUAUUAGUUGCCACUUAAAGCUGAUGCUUAAAGCUGAUACCAUGAAGAAUUGGUAAGUCACCCCUCACAUGCAUGUGACAGAUACACCCAAACACAACGCAGCUUUCAUUUUAAACUAGGUUAGAAUUACAUGGUCCUCAUAGACAAAACAGUGACUCUAAAGUUCAUUUGUUUAUAUUAAUUAAAUUUGUAUACCAUCCUUCCUCUGAAGUUCCCAGGGCGAUUCACAACAGAAAAAAAUACAAAAUGAGAAUACAAAAUAUAUAAUAAAACAGAAACAAACUGAUAACCACACACACAUUUAAAAAAGUCAUAGAAUGUUAAUCAGGAGAAUGCCUAACUGAAUAUAAAUGUUUUCCCCUAAUGAAGGCACCACGCAAGCCUCCCUGGGGAGAGCAUUCCACAAAUCAGGAGCCACCACAGAAAAAGCCUGUUCUCGUGUUGCCACCCUCCAGAUCUCUCGUGGAAGAGGCACACAAAGAAGUGUUUACAUAGGGUAACAUAGUACCUACUGUUAUGUGAUCCCAUUUAUCAGUUGCCAUGUAUCUCAUUAAACCUCUGUUUGUUUGGGCAGUGGUGAUCUCGGGUUUUUCUACAGAGCUUUAUAGAAAACAGGGAUGAGGUUUGCUUGUACGUUUCCCUUCAGCCUUGUUGAAAAGUUUGAAAAAGUGGGCAGGAGGGGAGCUUUGAAACUAGCCAGACUGCCGGGUACUCUUGUGGGCUUUAUGCUAAAUCACAAAAUAGUUUCACAGGACUUAACUGCUGUGCAUGUUUUCACUAGCUCACUGCAAUUAAGCUCAAUUUUCAGUGUGGCAUUUUGGUUUUUUUCCAAAUGACAAGCAUACCUAAUUCCCUGGGACCCAUGUAGCCAAGUUCUAAUCCAGGCAGUGGCAAACUCAGCCCUCCAGAUGUUUUGGGACUACAAUUCCCAUCAUCCCUGACCACUGGUCCUGUUAGCUAGGGAUGGGAGUUGUAGUCCCAAAACAUCUGGAGGGCCGAGUUUGCCUGUGCCUGUUCUAAUCUGUCUCUCUUGCCUCCUCACUCUGUAGUCUUUAUUCUCUUCUUUUUCUCACGCAGUGGGCAUGGAUGGAUCUUUUGCAGGAAACAAAAUUCCAAGUUCAUGUCUUGUCAAGUGUCACGGAGCCUAUAAAGAAGAUGGAUAGCCCUUUUUUAAAUAGGAGAGGGAUGUUUUAUAUGUGAUUCUAGGCCUGCAGAGAACUGCCAGGCACAGUGGAUGCCAAAGACUUGGCUGUUCUUUCUUACUUUUUUAAAACUGAGUCACGUAUUCAAGAAAAACAAAUUGAUGCUUCUGCCUUGCUAUGAGCAAGGGGAAAUCUAUCUCUGCUAGAUAUUUGCUGCCCAGUACUUAAUGUUUGACAAAGAAGCAGCUUUUCUUUCUUCAGUUGUAACCUUUCUUUAUUUCCCAGACAUUCAUACUAACAAACCCUGAAACAAUUAUUUCUAUUGUUUUUGUUGGUUGUUGCUUAGUACCAAAUACUGAAUAGAUUAAGCAAGGGACAGGCACUAAAGCAGUAUAUACCAUUCCCAUGAAAAUUGGAUACGGGCAGAGAGAGUUUUAAGUGACCAGCUUAUAGAAAGGCAUACGAGUCCUUUCCAGAGGAGAUUGGUGGCAGAUCAAAGUCCAAUUAAUGAUUGUUGAGGAAGGGAGCUUAUAAUUCUUUAAUUUGGUAUAAAGUAAUACAGUGGUACCUCUGGUUAAGUACUUAAUUCGUUCCGGAGAUCUGUUCUUAACCUGAAACUGUUCAUAACCUGAAGCACCACUUUAGCUAAUGGGGCCUCCCGCUGCUGCCGUGCCGCCGGAGCCCGAUUUCUGUUCUUAUCCUGAAGCAAAGUUCUUAACCUGAAGCACUAUUUCUGGGUUAGCGGAGUCUGUAACCUGAAGCGUAUGUAACCCGAGGUACCACUGUAUAUGCUACAUCUAUUUUUUCCUAUACUUUGUCCCUACCAGCUUCUAAGAGACCAUUCAUUUAGCUGGGGGUUAUUGUUGCUCCAAAUCCUACAAAAAGUGAGAUUCGUAGAUCAGCAAAAUUGUUGUUUGAGAUGAUGGCCCACAUUGUCUCUCUGAAGACUGAACGUUUCUUUCCUAACUACUUGACCCAAAGAACAGAAUGCAGCCCUGAAAGAAGGAUAAGCAUGUGGACAAGAGGUGCAAUAAUAGCAGUGGAGGGAUAUUCUGAAUCAAACCAAAAUGUGAAAUGCUGCCGCAACAGAUACAAAAAGUGUGUCCCUCCUUAAAGGAGAAGGGUUAGACCAGAUUAUGAAAAUUCAUCUCCCACCCACCAUGAUUUUAGUUUUGCGAUUGUAAACAUUUCAGAUUCACAUCUAUAACUUUUUGCCGUUAGGCUUGGAUGUAGGAUUUGGAGAAACCCGACUGUGCUGUGAGCACGUUAUCUUUAGCAGUUUCCAGACAUGGGCUUAAUACUGGGAAUGGGUCGUGCAAAUAUCACAAACAGGUCAUUUGCAACAGGGUUUUGCUUUUAACUUAGCAGCUUCCCCCCAGAAAGAGUAAAUCUGGAUGGGUAAAUGGGUGUGCAGGAAUACAGACUGGCAUUUUUUAUGCCAACAGCCAUCAUGUAGAUGCUACAAAAAUGUGUAUGCAUGAGGAGCACACAACACAUGCCCAUCUGGAAGCAGACUUCGUUGUUAGAGAUAUUUCCCACCCCUCUUCUUCCUGUUUUAAUACAGUUGUUACUUUGCUUCACUUGCCCCUAUUCCCUGUGUUUGGUGGAACUCAUCCAAAUCCAAGAAGAAGAAGAAGAAAAUCAAGAUGCUAGCAAAGACGGAAUCAAUAUAAACAACUCUAUGUUGGUGUGCCAUAGUACACAUUAACUAUACAAAGUGGCUCAGGAACCUGAAUUAAGUAUCUCAGUCAGUUUCAGUGACUCUUAGCACUAAACUCAGAUUUCUGAUAACACAAGAGCGAAAUGUGCUACCAGGGGCAUAAAAUUACAGACAUAUAUAAAUUAAAUCCUGUUCUCCAUCCUACUUUACUCCUCCCCUGAAAACCUUACUUUGAGAGAAUUUCCAUCAGUGUCCUUAAAAGUUCUGCCUCCCUUUUUAGCAACAGACCUCUUUAUAGUAAUGACUGCUCUGCUGCUCUGUGUUUUCAAAUGAUAGUCCCUUUGGCUUCAGCUCCUGACCUCCAUGGGAUUGGCAGCAGAGCCAAAUAAGCAAUAUUGCUCUGUGUAGCUUGUAUGAGGAUAGGCUCAUCCUCCCCGCCAGGAAUGCCAGUUGCAGGAUGUACCUGCUCAGACUCGGCUCCUUGUUCAGAUCUGAUUCAGAACUCAGUCUCUUAGCAACUUCACGACAAAAACGCUUGGAUUCUAGUCCUCUGCCCAAGUUGCAAGAAAAGGUAAAGGAACUAGAAAUGAGUAAACACAAAUCGACACCUUCGGAACUAUACAAAGAAAGGGCAAAUGUGGAAAAUAAAUGGGUGGUAGGGAAGAAAUUUAAUUCAGGUUGCAUUUAAUGGUGAAUCAAUCUAAUUUGCAUUUUAUGAAUCAAUACACGAACUGAAACAAAAUUAUCCUUUGACAUUUGCACUUCUCCAAAUUCUUCAGUGCUGUUCUCCAGACAAGUAAUGUGUAUAAAAAUGCAUAUGUUAGGAGUAAUGCCCCAAAUGCAUAUAUUUGUGAGAAUAAAAAUAAGUUAUACAGUGGUACCUUGGGUUAAGAGCUUAAUUCGUUCCGGAGGUCCGUUCUUAACCUGAAACUGUUCUUAACCUGAAGCACCACUUUAGCUAAUGGGGCCUCCUGCUGCCGCUGGCCGCCACUGCACAGUUUCUGUUCUCAUCCUGAAGCAAAGUUCUUAACCCAAGGUAAUAUUUCUGGGUUAGCAGAGUCUGUAACCUGAAGCAUAUGUAACCCGAGGUACCACUGUAUUAGAGAGAACUGAUUUGGGGGGAAAAUGAGUAUGUUAGGCAAAAAUGCAUGCAAAACUGUGUAUAUUAGGAAAGAGUCACUCUUAAUUGCUGGUGAAUUUUCAUUAGAUUAAAAAUAAUAAUAAUUCAGAAACUGAUCUGAAAAGUGGAGAAAUGAACUUAAGACUGGGAGAAUAAGAAACUGAGAGAAACCAAAAUGGCCUUCAGAUAUAAUGGUAGUAUUCAGCUUGACUGCAUUAGACUACGUUCUUAAUCUCACACACUACUGUUGUGUUAAUAUUAGGGCUUCCCCGUCUUUUAGGAUAUACUGUGGACACAUAGGUAGUUAAAACAACACACAGCCCAUAGACCAAUUCAAAUUGUUUUCUUUAGUGUAGUUUUUUGAACAACACCAGUGUACUUGGAAUGCUUGAGAGCUAAGCAUGCAGGACCAAUGGCUGACUGCUCACAUUAGUAAUAUAUAAAAGUCCUGUUAACUGCAGUUGGAUUGCUUCAGUGAGUUAGAUGAAGAAAUCUGUUUUGCUCUUAGAAAGCCUAGGCCAGUCUUCCCCCAGCUGGUGCCUCCCAGAUGUUUUAGACUACAAAUCUCUUCAGCAUAUGCUUGAUCUUACCAAAUUUAUCUUAUGGAUGGACAUAAAAGCAAGACAUGUGUAGAUAACAGGGGAACCGACUUGGGCCCCAGGUUAUCGGUGCCCAGUGUGCACAAUGUCAUGACCUCAUGUUGCAACGUGACGUCACAAUGUCACAUGCUCCCCAGCCUCGGAACCUGACUUCCAAUGGCACUCGCAAGACCUCAGAAAGCAUCUCCAAGGUCUUGCGAUGCCUUAGAGAUGUUUUCUGUGGUCCUGCAAUACCUCGGAGGUGACUCCUGGUGCUUCACAAUUUGCGUCAGGGCCCCUGCGAUGUGGGUGCUGAACACCCACAACAAAAAUUUGUGGGUGCUCAGACACCCAGACUUCCUUAUAGUUGGCACCCCUGAUAGUUAAGGAAGCCCUUUAGAUAACCUGGUCCAGAAUAAUUUUGAGCUCCUUUUAUCUUAGCUACCUUAGAUGAAACGCAAAAUGUUAUAAAGCACAAACAUGAGCCUCAGAAGCCGGGCCAUAAUAAUAAUAAUUUUUAUUAUUUAUACCCCACCCAUCUGGCUGAUUUUCCCCAGCCACUCUGGGCGGCUUCCAACUCUGGGCUUGCCCUUUACUCCCAUUUGGUGGUGCAGCACCCGGUGCCAGCUGUCCUGCUGCUUCCCGCCCAAUUGGCAAGGCUCUUCACUUCCUCACUUUCCAGAGGACUUUGCUGGAACUGCCACCUCUAAAGGAGACACAAAAGCAAAUUGUAAAGGGGGCAUAAUUUAUGCUACAAGUAAGCAUUAAUUUAGGGUUUGUGUUCUUUUGUUUAAUGCAAGCAACAGCAAAAACAAGCACCUUAUCGUUCUCUCUGGUCACUCAUUUGCUCUCAUUUCACAUCCUUGAAAAAGCACACAGAGAAUGCAAGCUGACCUAAGACAACGAGUAAAAAUGACUCAUAAAGGGAAUUGUGUACAGAGUAUCUUUUAUGCAAACAGUUAGAAAGGAAGUGCUACAGAGUGGAGAAUUAACACUCUCCCACUUUAAUCUCGAGGUAGCAGCCCUUUUCCCUUCAAAGUGCAAGUAAAGGGCAAAUGGGAUGAUAGCCUCAUAAGCCCUCCUGGAAACAACAAUAGCCACAUGCUAUGGGGUUACGUACAUCCUUGUUGUUUGGCUUAGACUGCAAUAUCUUCUGACUUAUGCACAAGGCCACAAAGGAAGAGGAGCCACAGGUUGCAGGGUGGGAAACACUACAGUGGACACUCGGGUUGCAUACUUGAUCCAUGCGGGAUGCACAUUUGCAACCCACAGCAUUCGUAACCCGCAGCGGCACGUCUGCACACUCGCAGGUUGUGAUUCAGCGCUUCCGCACAUGCGCAAAGCACGAUUUAGCGCUUCUGCGCAUGUGUGACCUCCAAAACCCGGAAGUAACUUGUUCCGGUACUUCCAGGUUUCGGAGCACCUAUAACCUGAAAAAACGCAACCUGAAGCGUCUGUAACCCGAGGUAUGACUGUAUUGGCUGUCAGAUUUGCAAUCUAGAUUUCACGAUUUGGGUUGGAUGCCAAAAGACCUUUUUAAUUUAUAUAUCUAUAGCAGGAAGAUUCUAAGGUUUUUCAGGAAGAAGACAUUUUGAAGAUUGGAUUGGAUUUGCAUGCAUCUCCCAGGAGGAACUUUCGUUUAGACAUUAAGCAAAAUAGGAUAGUUUUACCUGAAAGGGUAUCACACAUAGAAAAGAGCUGAGGGGCCACAUAGAUGCCCACGUCCCUGGGAUCAUGUGGUUCUUGGCCCAGCUCCUACAUUCAUGUACUGGGGUUUAAGGCAGUUGGGAGAACCAAGGAGCUACGUGGCCUGGGGCUGAGCCAAUGAUGCGUCUGUGCAACCACGUCGAAGCCCAGCACUGAUAGCUCAGUUGGUUAGAGCACGGUGCUGAAAAUGCCAAGUUUGCAGGUUCAAUCCCCAUAUGGGACAGCUGCAUAUUCCUGCAUUGCAGGGGGUUGGACUAGAUCAGAGCUUUCCAAACUUUUCAUGUUGGUGACACACUUUUUAGACAUGCAUCAUUUUGCGACACAGUAAUUUAGUUUUAUGGGACGCGGGUGGAGCUGUGGUGUAAACCACUGAGCCUUGGGCUUGCCGGCCAGAAGGUCGCGGUUCAAAUCCCUGCAACAGGGUGAGCUCCCAUUGCUCAGUCCCUGCUCCUGCCAACCUAGCAGUUUGAAAGCAUGUCAAGUGCAAGUAGAUAAAUAGGUACCGCUCUGGCGGGAAGGUAAACGGCAUUUCCAUGCGCUACUCUGGUUUCGCCAGAAGCGGCAUAGUCAUGCUGGCCACGUGACCUGGAAAAACUGUCUGCGGACAAACGUCGGCUCCCUCGGCCACUAAAGCGAGAUGAGCACUGCAACCCCAGAGUCAUCUGCGACUGGACUUUACUGUCAGGGGUCCUUUCCCUUUCCCUUUUUAAUUUAGUUUUACUAGCAAACAGGUUAAACUAACACCUUUCCAGCCCUGGGAGGAGCACGGGGAGCAUUUGUGUGACACACCUACACACUGCAGCCACACACUAAUGUGUUGCGACACACAAUUUGGAAAGCUCUGGACUGGGUCCCUUCCAACUGUACAAUUCUAUGAUUCAGGCAUAGAAGGAGCUUUUAUUUUACCUUUUUUCAAAAUUGUCUGUUAAAGUGCUCUUUCCCAUGCAGUCUCAUCCACUGCACGAAACACACACCAUUUUCCUGCUUACAUCUCUUUCUCAUGCUUGAGCUCAAUGGAAGUGAUGGACUAGCAAGCAAGGAGGUAAGGAGUUUGUGUGCUUAGUGAGCUUAGAGUCUCAUUGCCCUCAUUCCUUGCUGCUCCACGUCCUCACAUGCCUGGGCUUGGAGUGGUCAGCAAGAUAAGCUAGCAGCAGUGCCAACCCAUCUGCACUCUAGCCCAGGGCCAAUAGCAGUACAACUGCAAGUGAAGGGAAUGGCAGAAGAAGCUGAUGGGGGAGGAAGAAAUAUAGGCUUCUGAGGGUGCACACUUCCUUCUGCUGUUGCUCGUGUUUUCCAGCACCCACCCGAGCACACAUUGUUGAAGCUGGGCCUGUUCUGGGUCCUUGAGAGCCAGUGCAGUGUAGUGGUUAAGAGCAGUAGACUCGUAAUCUGGUGAACCGGGUUCGCAUCUCCGCUCCUCCACAUGCAGCUGCUGGGUGACCUUGGGCCAGUCACACUUCUCUGAAGUCUCUCAGCCCCACUCACCUCACAGAGUGUUUGUUGUGGGGGAGGAAGGGAAAGGAGAAUGUUAGCUGCUUUGAGACUCCUUCGGGUAGUGAUAAAGCGGGAUAUCAAAUCCAAACUCUUCUUCUUCUUCUUCUUCUUCUUCUUCUUCUUCUUCUUCUUCUUCUUCUUUUAUUUAAAUUUAUUUUUGCCCAUUACUCCUGUCAAGUGCCACUGCUGCACGCAGUAAGCCUACUGGGAAAGGCCCACUGAGGCAGGUUGACCCAUUAGGACAGGCCAGUGGGGGCCCAUCUUUCAAACCUGUCUUUUCCCCCCCCAUGCUCCAAACCCGCUAACUACUGCAAUGAGGUAGGACCUCCCAGUGAUACUGAACUGCAACUCCCAUCAUCCUUGACACUUGUCCAGUGUCACCUAGAAGGGCAGUGGGUCCUUAUCCCUGUUUUGCAGGUGGGUGGCUGUGCUGCAGAGAGUGGGGAAGGGAGAAAGGUUUCCAUUAGGUCCUGCCAAGGUUAAAAAAAGGUAAAAGAUCCCUGGACGGUUAAGUCCAGUCAAAGGCAACUAUGGACUUGCGGCACUCAUCUCACUUUUCACAGUUGGUCCACAGACACCUUUCCAGGUCAUGUGGCCAGCAUGACUAAACCGCUUCUGGCACAAGGGAACACUGUGACAGAAGCAAGAGUGCACAGAAACGCCAUUUACCUUCCUGCCGCAGCAGUACCUAUUUAUCUACUUGCGCUGGUAUGCUUUCAAACUGCUAGGUUGGCAGAAGCUGGGACAGAGCAACAGGAGCUCACCCCGCCGUGCAGAUUAGAACCGCUGACCUUCCAAUCGGCAAGCCCAAGAGGCUUAAUGGUUUAGACCACAGCACCACCCGCGUCCCUUAAGGUCCUGCAAUGACUUUUCUAGAAGGCCUCCCCCCACCCCUCAUGCCUGCCCACUGUCAAGUAGCAUGGCUCAGUAGAAGUAUUGGUUACAGCUGCAGUGGCCAGCCACAGUACCUGACAGUGAAGUACCCACCGGAAAAGAACCUGCACCCCAAGAGUAACCCCGCUCUGCCCCUUAGCUGCCCAGCUGCAGCAAUUUUGGGAGCUCUGGCUGCUAGUACUGCUGGAUCACUUGAGUUCAAUCAGCUGUGAGAAUGGGAUGGAGCUCAUCUAUCAACCUCUAUUUUCAAUCUCAGCAGGAAAAAGAUCUAGGUUACAAAUCACUGCUCUACCUUCCAGGCAAGACCAGAGGUAAUAGUAGUUUAUAUGUCAGUUCUGGAAUGCUCUUGCAUUUCUUUCCCCCGUAUAAAGGAGAUUUAGUCCUUGGUGGUGAUAACCUGGCAUUUUCAGUCAGUCCUGAUAGCUUAAAAUGUGCCCUUCGUAUGUAUUUCCAGUUGCUGAUCCUUUUUCAGAUCAGGAGUUGAGGUCUCCAAAUUCUUAAGAAGUGCCCGUUUUUGGAAAUUUCCAGGAAGUGAAAUUUCUAAUCUGGUUAUGUUGUAUAGUGUAAACACAACAUUUUAAGGAGUACAUUGGAUACAUGCUCUCUUCUUCUGUCAAGAGCCCCUUUCAGUUGUUCAAAAUCCACACGUAACAGACAUUUAUGGCAGGCUCCAGCCCUCACCAUUGCACAUUGAGUAGAACUCUGCACAUGGAUUAGGGUGGAGCCUCAGUUUCCUCCCCCAGCCUCUCUCUCACACACACGCGUCAUUAUUCACAGAUAUCGAAGUCAAUGCGAUGAACUCAGCUGGAUGACUGGGUCUUGGGAAGAACGUGAAAUCCAUAGUUUCCAAUUUUAUUUCUUUUAUUUUUAAAAAACCAUAGCAGAUUUUCAGAGCCAGUGCCAACACAUCACUGUUUGCUUGGGCAAAAAUGUCAAAGGAGACACUGCAGUGUUGUGUGUACAAACUAAGGGUACAUUUCUGAACCUUAAUGGUCACUUGGCCUGUGUCUCAGAACAAGCCACCUGGCUAAACAUUAUCACUUUAUGGGCUGUAUGCCAUCAUUUCCCCAUAGAAUUACUAUGACAUCAGAGCAAACAUGUUUAUAUGACUUCCUGUUAUAACAAUUAAAAUGUUUUAUUCUACUUGUGUUCCAUGAUCCUAUAUUUGGUCUGAAACAUUAAAAAUGCUCUCAUUAUUAUUAUUAUUAUUAUUAUUAUUAUUAUUAUUACUUAUACCAUCUGGCCAGGCCUCCCCAGCCACUCUGGGCAGCUCCCAACAGAAUAUUUAAAACACGAUAAAACAUCAAACAUUAAAAACUUCCCUAAACAGGGCUGCCUUCAGAUGUUUUCUAAAAGUCAGGUAGUUGUUUAUUUCCUUGACAUCUGAUGGGAGGGCGUUCCACAGGACGGGUGCCAUUACCAAGGUUAAACUUAAAGAUAGCCCCCCCCCCUUAAACUGACAGUUCAGAUCAUCAGCUUUCCAUAUGCAAGCUGUAGAUGGUUUCAGGAUGCCUACCAGGUGCGGGUAUCUAACCGUGUCACUCAAGUGAUUGCAACAGCAGAAGGAUGUAUUACACAAAAUGAGAAAGUGGCCUUCUGAGCUACACUAGCAAACUGCAGCUAAUCAGAGCACAGUGGGACAUCAGCUCUCUUGAGGUUUCCUGAGCUUCAUCCUUCUUAAAAAAAUUAUUCAACUUCAAGCCAAGGAAUCCAGCUCUUUCUCAGAUUUCUAUUUGGGUUUUUUUGCUGAACGGAAGCCAGUGGCAUUUAAAUGCAUUUUGGUGUGAGGAAAGUUCUGCUCUGGAAUACCCCUACCCAAUACUGGCCCACGUCACAUGUAAUACUAGGUCAAAGCAGGACUUAGUGCAAAUAAGCAAACAUGAGAGAAGACCACAGUCACUCCAUGGGUUCUGCUAAUGCCAUUCUUCUGUGAGGUCAGCCAUGAUUUGGCUUAGCGUUACAUCCAGAUCCAAGCUUCUCCACACAAACCAUGAGCAGUGAGCCAUAAGACAAACCUUGGUUCUUCUGGAGCAAAAUCAAUCAUAAGCCCAGAUUCAGAUAUGAAACCACAGAGCACGUCCGCUGUAGGACAGGACAGAGAACAAAUCACGCUGCAAUCUUCUCUCUAGGAACUACAUCUUUUCUCAUUCCCACUAAACCAUGGUUUGACUUAGCACUGGGACACUACAGUGUUUUCCUUAUAGUUUUGCUGGCAGAUUGGUGGAAGCUACCUCUUUGAUCACAGGUGAACCAUAGGUGAGAAUGGGAUGAGUUUGCUGCUUUCCUAUUAAAGUAGGCGUGAAGAACAUUUGCCCUCCCCAAAUGUUGUUGAACUUCCAACUUGAAUCAGCCCAGCCUGCAAGGUCGAUAGCUCCUGUUAUAAAACAGCUGUGUGCUUUAUUUGAUCAACUUCUGCUCCUUGGUUGUUUUGGAAAUGCACUGCUGUGAUCUGCUUUUUGCUCUGGUGUGUGAGUCUGGGGGUAGGGAAUGUUUGAAGCUUCCUUGUAGCAUCUGGCUUCCUCCUUGCAUCUUUGUACCUGUUUUCCUAAGUGUAUUCAUUGUCUGAUAAGUUUGCUUCAGCUUUUGCCUGCUUGGUCUGCACAAUAUCAACGGUGUCAAAUGACCUAAUAUCAGUUAGCAGGUUUAAAGCAGAGGCCUCACAGUGAACUGAUCUAGAAUGCUAUUCAGGCCUGUUCUGUGAUUACCUUUAAAUCUUACUCGUUUUUUCUUCUUUAAAAAAAUAUCUUACAUUUACUUUUAGUUUUACAUGAAGCUAAUUCUGCUGUCUCCUGUGUGUUACUCUCAGGUAGGCAGCACUCAGGAAACCCACCCAGAUGGGCGGGGUAUAAAUAAAUUAUUAUUAUUAUUAUUAUUAUUAUUAUUAUUAUUAUUAUAGACUGGGGAAAGCAACCUUAAAGUAACUCACAUGCUGGCUGGAGCUGAUGGGAGUUAUAGUUCGAAACGUCUGAAGGGCACCAGAUUGGCUACAUGUAUCAUACUUUCCAUCCAUAUUUUCAUGCAAUGCUGUGCUAGACAGAUUUUGCCCAACUGAGUGCAGUGUGACUUACUGCUUGUAAAGUGUGCUUAGGAUUGCAGGCUAAGAUUCUGUUUGAAUAAGCCUUGACCUCAAAUGAAGGUCUUCAGAGUCCCAUGUGUGCAUUGGAAUUCAUGUAGAACUUGGGUACAAAUAGGUUUUGCCAUUCACUUUGUUGGAGUGAGCAGUUCUGUGUAUGCAUGACUUUGUGCAUGUAGAACUGCACAAAGAAAAGCCUUGGGGCAGGAGAGCUUUGAAUGUACCUCAGAACCACUGGCUAAUUUUGAAUGAGCAGCACUGAACCUUGGGUUUGCAUGUUCUCCACUCUCCUCACUAUCUCCAGCGUAGCCAAGAAGAGGCAUUUGGAAUCUCACACUUCCACUUUUCUUACUUUUGUCCAAACCAGCAAACUAUUGUUAAGUACAGUUUGGUUGAAAGAAACAACUUCAAACCAUGGUUUAUGCAUCUGGCUUAGUUAACCAGACCAUAGUUAGCAUUAACCACAGUUUCUUGGUUCAAAGGUCACAAUCAGCAAUGAUUAAGCAAAAGCAGAAACAAAAUAUUGCCAAUUCCUCACAACUGCCCCAGAAGAGGAAAGGAGAAGCACACGACCCCAUACCUUGCAGCUCUUUUCCUAGUCAUUCGCAUCACACUAAACUAUGGUUUAAAACAGGCUUCCAGAUACUUUGGACUACAAAUCCCAUCUGUCCUGGUCAGCAUGGUCAAGAAUGAUGGAGUUGAGCCGAAAACAUAUGGAGGGUGCGAGGAUGAGGGAUCCUGAUUUAAGUGGUGGCCAAACAGGACCUUUGUGUGUCUAGAAGGGAUAGGUGAGUUGGAGUAACAUUGGUGUAUUAACAAUUACUUUAAAUUGGAAAUGCUUUAGUUUCCAUAGUAAUAAACUGUUUACCUGACACAUUUCAAGCUUGCAGAUAAAUGUUGGUGUGGAUUUUUAUUGUUAUUAUUAUUGCAAUGCAAGAUUCAAAUUAUUUUGCAUGCAUCUCUGGAAAGCUUAAAGAAAAUAAUGUCCUAUCACUCAGAGGAGGGUGGACAUUUAGCUGGCAAUGGCUUUAGAAAUUUUUCAAUGCUGCGUUUUUACUCUAAAAAUCCAGUAAACAAAGCUGGCUUCUGUGUGGGGGGAAAGAAGGAAAAGAAAUGAGUGGGUGAUUGAAUCCAAUUUUCUUAAUACCUUUCAUUAUUUAUAAUGCGUGAAAUGUUAUAUCAAUUUCAUCGGAACAAACAAAACGAAUAAAAUGAGGGGGUUUGACUUUAAAUGUAUUUGUUUUGAGGAUGCAGUGGGUGAGAAAUUUAGACUGAGUUUGUUUCCUAAUGGUUUGAUAUUUGGACAUUUUAAAAUCAUAACAAAUGGUGGUUCCUGUGAAGAUUUAUGGAAAAAUCUGUUCUGGUUAUUUGCUUCCAGAUGACGGCUUCCAACGUUAGUGGUUGCUUAAACAUGAACACUGUGGCCACUGAGCUUUUCCCCAAAUAAGUGCUUAUGAUUAUUAUUACCGAUACUCUACCCACUAGACCACACUGACUAUAUCACACACACACACACACACAGAGAGAGAGAGAGAGAGAGAGAGAGAGAGUUAUCUGUAAUGACUUGGAUAUCUCCACUAGUGUUUUCUUUUAGAGUUUUUUUGCAGUGAAAAUUCCUUCCUCUGUGGGAUCUGUACUUUGUCACAAAUGUGAGUCAAAACUAAGAUAGGGAGCGGGUGGUACUGUGGCCUAAACCACUGAGCCCCUUGGGCUUGCCGAUCAGAAGGUCGGCAGAUUGAAUCCGUGUGACGGGGUGAGCUCCCGUUACUCUGUCCAGCUCCUGCCAACCUGAUAGUUUGAAAGCAUACCAACAUGAGUAGAUAAAUAGGGACAGUGGUACCUCAAGUUAAGUACUUAAUUCGUUCCGGAGGUCCGUACUUAACCUGAAACUGUUCUUAACCUGAAGCACCACUUUAGCUAAUGGGGCCUCCUGCUGCUGCCACGCAGCCAGAGCCCGAUUUCUGUUCUUAUCCUGAAGCAAAGUUCUUAACCUGAAGGACUUUUUCUGGGUCUGUAACCUGAAGCAUAUGUAACCUGAAGUGUAUGUAACCUGAGGUACCACUGUACAGUGGGAAGGUAAAUGGUGUUUCCGUGCACCAGAAGCGGUUUAGCCAUUCUGUCCCUCAGACCUGGAAAACUGUACUGCAGUUAAUGUUGGCUCCCUCUGCCUGAAGCGAGAUGAUCGCCACACCCCAUAGUCAGGUUUGACUGGACUUAACUGUCCAGGGGUCUUUUGCCUUUACCUUCUUUACCGAGGUAGGAGAAGUUGAUGGCAGGCUAGUGUGAUGGCUGGUGUAAGCAUGGUGUUCUGCUGUCUGAAUUCAAUCCUCUGCAAAGUUGGAAAUAGAGUCCUCCUCCCUUGAUUUCUGAAGCAUAGGUUGCCUUGCUUACUUGCACAUUGUUGAAGCCUCACAGCAGGAGGAAGCAAAGCCACAUCUUUAUUCAUUGCCUGCCAAUAAUUCUGCUUGAUCGCAGCUUUAUCAUUCCAAGAUUGGUAAGCGACUCACUAGAACCCCACGUUUUAUUUUGUUAAUAAUUUAAAAAGGGAAACUUCCUCCUGGGGCACGUAAGUUCAAAGUGUGACUGAUGUGCGUCGCAGAGGAAAGCAAACCAGAAGAAAAAUGAACAGGAAAUAUUAUGAGCUUUCAAAACUUGAUGAUUUUUCUAGGAUGGCAAGUCACGGGAUUUAUUUAUCUAUUUUUAAUAGCAACCUCGGUAAUAACACUUAUUUAUUUAUUUAAAGCCUUUCCAGCCCAUCUCAUUCCAUGCCGCAGACAGCUUAACAACCAAAACUGAAAUCAAAACAUUCCCUAUUAAGGACAGCAAGUUAGAAAAGGAGAACGAGAACCAGAAGCAAAUGUAAUACCCAUCUUUGCCGAUUUCAGCUUCCGUUUGACCGAAGAUCACGCACCCCCUGUCGAAUGCAUGAUCAGAAGUGUGUUUUGCAAAAAUCUCCCCUACAAAGCCAUUCCACAGCCCCAGAGCCUCUACCAAUAAAGGCCUACUCCUUGCUGGAGAUCGGUUCAUACAGCUCUCAAAGUGAUGGAACAGAGAGCCAAGACACCCAGUGUGGAAUCUUAAUCGGUGUGGUAGAACGUAUGAGGAGAGGCUGUCCUGAAGUGAUUCAGGUACUAGGCUGUGGAGGCUUAAAGGUUAUACCAAGGAACUCAUUGCAACCCUUCCCCACUCCAGUAAUCUGCAGUAAUGCAGGUGUCGAGAGGAUGGCUCCACUGCUCUGUCCCACCUUCAUCAUCAUCAUCACUUUUAAUUUGUGUAAAGGUAAAGGGACCCCUGACCAUUAGGUCCAGUCGUGGCCGACUCCGGGGUUGCGGCGCUCAUCUCGCUUUAGUGGCUGAGGGAGCCGGCGUACAGCUUCCAGGUCAUGUGGCCAGCAUGACUAAGCCGCUUCUGGCAAACCAGAGCAGCGCACGGAAACGCCGUUUACCUUACCACCGGAGCGGUACCUAUUUAUCUACUUGCACUUUGACGUGCUUUUGAACUGCUAGGUUGGCAGGAGCAGGGACCGAGCAACAGGAGCUCACCCCGUAGCGGGGAUUCGAACCGCCGACCUUCUGAUCGGCAAGUCCUAGACUCUGUGGUUUAACCCACAGCGCCACCCAUGUCCCUUUAAUUUGCAUACCGCCUUUCUAUCUUACAAUACUCAAGGCGGUUUACAAGCUGAAGAAACAAAGAAUGUACACCUUAUCUAAUACAAUACAGAAAUGUGAUAAUAAAACAGCUUUAAAAUAAGCAAUCUACAUCAAUUAAAAGUAACAUUCAACAAUCAUUAGAAUAGUAUAGAAUACAGUGGUGCCCUGCAAGACGAAUGCCUCGCAAGACGGAAAACCCGCUAGACGAAAGGGUUUUCCGUUUUGGAGGUGCUUCGCAAAACGAAUUUCCUGUGUGCUUGCUUCGCAAGACGAAAAUGUCUUGCGAGUUCCUGCGGGUUUUUUUUUCCUUUUUCCCAAGCCGCUAAACCGCUUAUCAGCUGAUCGGCUAAGCUGCUUAACAGCUGAUCGCUAAGGCGCUUAUCAGCUGAUCGUUAAGCCGCUUAUCAGCUGAUCGUUAAGCCGCUUAACAGCUGAUCGCUAAGCCGCUUAUCAGCUGAUCCGCUAAGCCCGCUAAGCCGCUAAUACUGUAGCGCUAAUCCGCUAAACCGCUAAUGGGCUUGCUUCGCAAGACGAAAAAACCCGCAAAACGAAGAGACUUGUGGAACGGAUUCUUUUCGUCUUGCGAGGCACCACUGUAAUAAUAUCAGCAUAUAAAAAUUUAACAGAAACCCACUCUUAACAAUUACAAUAAAUAAUUUCAAAACGACAAUCAAUAAAACAACGGCAAGCCACAAUGCAUAAAAUAAUACAGUACAAAUUGAGAGGCAGAGACUGGAGGGUGGGGCAAGGCAGGUGGAAGAAGGCCUUGCCUGAUAGAGUCUCUCCCCUCACCUUAAUGGCAAACUACUGGAGAUAGGUUGCUGAUCAAAGCUGCCCCUAGCUUCUAAAUCACUCCAACGCUGCUGAGAGGUUUGCAAGCAGAGAAUGAUCUCUGCUUGCCAACCUCUACAUUCUGAUCAGCCACCAAGGCUACUAUGCCAGGCCAGAAGCCCAGCUGAAAAGGGCCACCAGAAAAUACCUCAUCCAGAUAUGCUUGAAGUUACUCUGACAGUGCAGUCUUUGAAACUUCACCAUAUACUAUGUCAGGAUUAACAGUUCACCAUUUUAAAAAAUUGGCGGAUGCUCUUAGCAUCCUGCCCGGGGAUCGAAGGCCAGGGUAGAUCACUGCAGCCAGUUUGCUAGGAUAAUCUAAUGCUUUCAAGUAGGAUUUCUCUGUGUUCAAUCCCCCCCCCCAUGAUUAUUCCUUUCAAAUCAAACCCAUGAACAGGAAUGCCCCCAAAUGUGUAUAACCCUGCUCUGUCACUACAAACAAAAUCAUUGCUUACACCUGAUCCCAGAAACUUUGCUUGCCUCAAAUCAAGCCUGACAUUUCAUCAUUUCAAGGAAAUAAACAAUGAUCUGACUUUUAGAAGACACCUGAAGGCAGCCCUGUUUAGGAUAGUUUUUAACGUUCAAUAUUUUAUUGUAUUUUUAAUAUUUUGUUGGGAGCCACCUAGAGUGGCGGGGUAGAAAUAAUAAAGUAUUAUUAUUAUUAUUAUUAUUAUUAUUGCAAGGAAUUUUUUAAAAGCCACUAGAGGAUCUGCUGUACUCCAAUAAACUAAUAUAGUGGUACUGCUUUGGAUACUAUUCAUAGUAAGUUUCAUGCAAACGAAACUGUAUCAAAAGCAACAUCCAGCUGGUGUCCUAAUACUUUGGAGAAACUACCUUUUCUGCCUGUAAGAAAAGGAGUUAAUUCAUUAAACCACUGCACCUUCAGUUGAAUUAUUUUUCAGUAACCAUUUACUUAAGUGUCAGAAACUACUCACUUGGGGAGAGACCCAAAGUAGUUAGUGGAAGCUGCCUUAUACCCAGUCAAACCAAUGGUUCAUCUAGCUCAAUUUCGACUGACAGCAACUUUCCAGAUAGAAAGCCUUGAGGCAGAGCCCAUGGUUUGUGUGGUCAACGUCCCAGGUUAACAGUCCCUGGCAUAUGCAGAUUAAAGGGAUCCUGGGCUGCUAGAGAUGUGUGGAAGACCCAGGGAAAGACUCUACCAUUAGGCAGACUGUGGCAGCCGAUUUAGGCUGCCAGGAAGAGGCAGCACAAUAUUUACUUUACUGUUGUAAUUUCACUCCCAUGGAGAGGCAGUUGUGGGGUUUUACUGUCUUAGCCUUUCUUCUUCUUUCAUUCAAGACUUGCUUCUCUACCUUGAUAUGGGAACUAGUGGCGCCAUCUGCCUCAAGCAGCAAAAUGUUUUGCGCUGCCGCUGGAGGUCACUUUCUGCCAGACUCCCCAGAGAGCCCAUGCUAGCUAGAGUAGAUAAUAUUGGACUAGGAGGACAAUCAGCCUGACCCAGUGUAAGGGAGCUUCCUAGGUCCCUUCCAGACUAGGUGUUCGCCUUGGAUCCAGCUGCUCAGUUAUCUCUGCACAGUGGAAAUAUUUGCACAUUUCUCCCUUUCAUACAAACCCAAGGCUGGCAUACGGAAAUGCAUGUACGCAAAGGUUUUCAGUUGUACCAUGGGUAGAUUGAUGUACUCUUGAUUCCGGAGACAGCUUUCGCUGAUCAGGCAAUUGCCAGAGCAGGCGGAGGCAAAGGAGACCUUCUACGCUAGGCAUGUGUUUCCUGCUGGAAGAGUGCUCUAAGCACAUCACUUCUUGAAAAGAACUCAUAGGAGAAAGAGGGGGGAACCCAACGCUAAUUAGCAAUGGGUCAGUUUUUGAAGUGCAGUGGUUUGGUGUGUGCUGCAGACGGGCUUUCUUGGCCAAGGGUCGUUGCUACAUAAAAGGGCAUUGAGUGGCGACAGGGUCCUUGUUCUCAGGAACAAACUUCUCUGAAGAAGUUCUCUAAGGAAAACCUAGUGGUAAAUGGGUUCCCCCACCAGUGAGGUCAACCUGGGGCAUCGUAAUGUUACAGAAGGAAGAAGAAGUGCAAGGGCCUCUGUCUACUGUUUCUCCACAUUUCUAUCUUGCUUUCACAUCUCUCCACCCAGGAGAUGUGCAAACUGUCCCUGUAUUGGCGGCUUUUGCGUCCUUCAGAUUAGUUUCUGACGGGGGGAGUAACAGGAAGACUGGGUCCUUAUGCUUCCCAUCCUGUCCAAGUCUACAACCUGCUUGCAACUGAAGCAAUAACUGACAUGGUUGCCUAAAGCAACCUCAACUGACCUGAUGUCCAUCAGAUGUUUUGGACUAUAAGCCAUGACAGAUGGGGCUGAUGAGAAUUGUAGUCCAAAAUAGCUGGAGGGCACCGGUUGGCAAAGGCUGGCCUAAAGUAAUGGGAAGGAUUACUCUGAUAGAAGCUAUUGCGAAUAUUAAUCCAUAGUCCAUUUGCCCUGGUCCUCCUUUUGUGCCCAGACACAACCUAGCCUUUUUGUACAUUUGGGCAAAUGGCUUCUGUGGAAUUAAUUAGCAAAUCAUGUUAUGUCUGAAACUGAGCUUAUAGCAUUAAAUUAGUUUCUCGGGGCCUAUUGCUGAGCCAGCAAGAGGGUUGUUAUUUAGAAAAACAAGCACUUAGUUGUACUGCUUAGUUUCGCUCCCUGGUAGAAGAAGAAUAAUGUUUACCAUUUAAUUAACCUCAUGUGGCAUGGUGGGAAUGGAUGGCAAAUCAAUAAUGAAUGUCAUUACAGUCACCUUGUGCAACUGCAAUUCUGGUUUUCAAACGAGGGGGAAUGAUAAUGAGUCUUGAUUUCUGCAGGAGCACUUUCAGUGGUAGGCAGGUGAUUAGUUAUGAAGCUCAGCGCUCCCACUGGAGGAAUGAAGAAAGCUGGCUGCCAAACUCUCUGAGAAGACGAGCCAAGGGACUGGAAACACAAGAUGGAGGACACUGCUUAUUGCCUUGUCCUGUUAUUUAUUUCCAUCUCAAAAAUCCUUAAAUUAAGAACUCAAUGGUGCUUGUGUGUUUAGGAAGGGAGUUAAUGGGGUGUGUGAUGCAGUAAACAGCAAUUUUGCACGUGACCAAAAGUCCCGAGGAUUGUGUCUCUUCCCGUACUUGUGAACACAUGUGACACAGGAAGUUGUCUUAACUCAGUAAGACCAUUGGUCCUUCUCUUACUCAGGAUUGUCCACACUGCCUGGCAGCAGAUCUCCAAGGUUUCAGUCAAGAGUCUCUCCUAGGAAUCAAACCUGGGACUUUCUGCAUACAAAGCAAUGCUCUACUACUGAACUAUGGCCCUUCCCCUGUGACUUCAGAGGUGGCCGUCAUUACCUGCUUGAUGUCAUUUUGUCAUGGAGAAGCAUGACAAAAUGGUGCAGGUUCUAUUUCUGGCUAUGUGUGGCCUCUCCCACAAUAGAAAAAACCCCAAAUAAUAUAAAGAGCAAAGUCCAACAGGAAAAUCAUCCCCUUGAAAAGAAUGGGAACUGCACAAGAGGAGACGACUCCCAUGGAUUUCACUAGAACUUGCACAGGGAACUUCCCAUUGGAGUGUGUCACUUAAAUCAUAGUAACCAUUUCUAAAUUGGCACAUAUGCGAUGCAUUGUUGGGGUAAUGCAAAGCUGCUCAUCAGUCUGGAUUGUGUUCAAAUUCCAGUAACUGGAAUUACGUUCAUUGUAUGCAACUAAGGUCAGCAAGAAUUGCAUGUCAUUAGGAAUCUGAUCAUACUAUGAGCUUUGCUAUUUGAACAAUGUUUUGUCGCAUUGCAGCUCCAGAAACUGAAACGAUCGCUGUCUUUCAAGACCAAAAGUUUACGGAGUAAAAGUGCAGACAACUUUUUCCAGCGGACAAACAGUGACAUGAAGUUGCAGGUAGAUUUGCUAUCAGAAAUCAGCCCCAGAACUGGCCAGCUCUCAGCCUCUGAAAGUCAGACAUCUACUCCCACCAUAGUCCAACACCAACAGGAAAGCAACAAAACUCACGUUUUCCAGGAGCACAUAUUCAAAAAACCUACGUUCUGUGACAUCUGCAACCACAUGAUUGUAGGUAAGAAUGGUUUUGCUUCUUCCCAAGCACCUAAUGUACAAUGGUAUUUUCCAGCAUGUGAUAAAGAAAACUUGGGCUGAUUAUUUGAAUCUUUUAAAAUGUGCAUGCAAGACCUCUAGGCAAAAUUUUGUCCAAAGGAUCCAUUUCCUUUUAUGUAUUUAUCAUGAUAGAAGGGUUUGUUGACCCUUGAGAAUUCCAGAGCUCUGAAUCUUAUAAGUGUGCAGAAUAAUAUAAAUAGGAAUCAAAUAACUAUGUAAGCUUUUCAUUAUAAUAUCACAUCCAAGGCUUAAGCAGCAAAUGCUAUCGGUCUGAAAUGACUGCAAGCCUUUGGACCCAAUCAAGCAGUUUGCCCCAAUUAAGAUGCCACUUGAAAGCUUAGGCCUGUGGACAAUAUUUAUGUAGUUAAAUUUUCAGAAACAUUCAUGAAAUUUAGAAAUGAAAUUCUAAAAUCCUUCAUAGCACUCAGAUGCCUUGCUAGCCCACCCUUCUGUGACAUCAGAGCAUUCUAGACUAAUAAGAGGUGUAUUAUUUAUUAUGUAUUUUACUUGUUAGACAUCUCAUAAACAAGUUCUUGAGCCAUAGGCAUGGUGGUUAUGAUAUCUUUUCUGUGCAGAUCAGCUGUUCGCCACUGGACAAUUCUAAUAGUUUCAUACCCUAGUGGUUAAGAUUUUGCGACAAGAUGCCAUAAAAUAUAUUGUAAUAAUCUCCCCCUCACUGACAUGGGAGUCCAUUGGACUAGUUAAUGCAUCUGAUCACUCAAAACCAUCUUCUGACUAGAUCACUGGCCAAUUGUGACAAAGUAGAACCACUGUGGUCUUGCAAGGUGGGUGAGGAGCUGCAUGUGACAUUGGGUGGAGGUCAUAAUUGUAUAGAGAUGGGGAAUUAUAUAGGAAUCAUUAUGUCAUCUGUGCACUAUGGUGUUUCUGCAUGUUAGCCAGAGCUAACCUUAUCUCCUGAUAAACCUAAUGAUCUACAAAUUCUGAGAAUGUAUUUCUACGGUCCUAGAACCUAAAGAUUGUUAGAAGCCAUGCUUCUAUAGGAAAAGAAUAGUAUAUCAUACGAGAAAGAUUCAUAGAGUUGUAAUGAUGUUGAAAGAGAGAUGGAAUCCAAGAAGUGCUAUCUGGCAGGAAGCUGGAAGAGGAACGGUAAAUAUACUCUUGAAGAUAACUGAUACAAGGUUUCAUAAGCAGAUACUUCCUUCAGCAUAUGUUGGAAGUUCUCACACUGAUAGGAUUCAUGUAAGCAAAUAAGUCUGUUUUCUGUACCGGUUAGGCAAAGAUUGUUCUGUGAUAUAGUCUAACAUAAUGGUCUUUUACGCUAACUAGGGAGGCAAAACUUUGCCCGAUAUGAUUUGUCUGCCAGCGGUAAUGCGGAAAUCCCAAAUUGCCAACAAUCUUAUGCAGCACUUAUUUCACCAAGCUGUUUGUCAGGGGCUUUUCAAGUUGAGCAAAUUAAUAUCAAGGGAAUUCUGAUCUUGGAGAGCAUUGUAGACUUUCGAGAAACGAGAGCUACAUGUCCCCCCACAAACCCCCAUCCCCAAAUAUAUAUUGGGAAAUUUGUACUUUUAACAUAUUUUCUGUAUAUUUAAGUUAAUUUCAGCAACAGUGGGAGCGCAUUUGAGAGGAGAGUUUGAAAUUUACAAAGAUAAGAGGGCAUACUUUUCCCCUAUCCAAGUUUGAAUAAAAAAUGUAUAAAACAUAUUCUGAAUUGAAGUGUGCAAUUUAAAACUUGCAAGAGCUUUGCAAGACAAGGAUAUUUUUCUUAGUAUUCUUUUCAACCAAGAUUCAGUGAAUAUCCAGAAUAUCCUUCUUACUCUUACCAAUGUAUAAAUUUAGCUGGUGUCUUUCUGACUGCCGUUGGAUCAUUACAACAGUUGUUGGAUAAACUGAAUGGCAACCGUGAGGCCUGGGGCAGAGGAGAGGGUGCAACAAAAUGCAGUGCUUUGAUUAAUGCACUCUAAAAACCUUCAACCCCUCCAGACCUUUACGUACAUGUGUCUGGAGGCGUAUUCAGCCCUUUCAAAAUAAAACGCAUGCACAAAUAUCAUGGAAACUGGGGAAGAUGUGGUGGAACAAUAAUGUUGUUGCAGAACCACCCCAAGCAAGCAGACAAACAGUAAAGUUGCACCAGUGGAAGCGAAUGCUGGAUAUUUAACAAUAAAGCACUUAAAAGGCUGCAAGUAAACUUCAAUACGAAGAUAUAGGGCUGGAUCUGGAGGCUACAGAAAGAGAUGUAUUACACACAUGUACAACCAUGAUGUUUGUGUAAUUGUGUUUGUGCUUGCCAACAAAACAUUCUAGAUCCCUGAAUCAAUUCCACAAGUGCUUAUCUUUCAAAAAGAGUGGAAGCUUUUUGUUCUGGAUUCUGCGCAAGCUGUGUUUAUUUAGGAAUAAAUUCUGGGUCUUCAUGCUAUUAAAUUCUCCAUGCAAAAUAGGGUAUCAACAUAUCACCUGGUUUAACCUCUUCUGACCCUGCAGAUGUUGUUGGACUCCAACUUUUACAAUCCCCACCCAGCAUGGCCAAUGGCCAGAGACGAUGAGAAUUCCCCUUGAACAUCUGGAGGGCCCUCCAUACGUCAUGUACUGACAAAUAUAAUUGUGUGCAAAAUGCAGUAGUGUAAACCUACCCUUUGUUUCAGAUGAAACUAAGAGCUUUCUUGGUUUUUCACCAGAUAUGUCCUUGCUGUCUAACCUAUCCUAAUAAGAGGCAGAUACAAUGAGAAUGCUGUAUUUAAUAUUUCCUGUACAAGAUGUUGAGACUCUUGCUAUGUACGGAUUCAGGAUACCACCGAGGCCUACAGAUUAUGCAUGAUGGUAACAUUCCAUGAAGCCGAGAAAUAUUCUAAUUCCUCAGGCUGUUAGAAUAGCUCAGUUAACAAUAAGUAUUCAGAUUCAGAUAGGUAGCCGUGUUGGUCUGACACAGUCGAAAUAUAUUUUAAAAAUAAAAAAAUUGUCCAGUAGCACCUUAGAGACCAACUAAGUUUGUUCUUGGUAUAAACUUUCGUGUGCAUGCACACUUCUUCAGAUACACAUAUAUUCAGUUUUUGCAAAGGAAAAAAUUGAGAAUCAGAGUAUUUGCCGAUGCAAGGCAGGUUCCAAAGCCCUGAAUUUUUAUGACCACUUGAGUCUUUUUCUCUCUUUUUUAGCUGAAACUAGUUCUGAUUUAUUAUGUGAUUUAUUUGUCGGCUAAUAAUAUAGAACUUGCAAGGAAUGUAAAAGAGCAAUGCUAAUGAUCAUUCCCAACCACCUAGCCUACCUUGUCCAACAUUAUAUCCAGUCUGGUUUGGUUUAGUUUAGUCAUAUUUUUCCAUUCACCCUUGAGAUAACAUGUUAAUGUAUUUUCGGGCUGGUGAGGUAGGCAGGAGUCGAGAUUCUGCAGGAAGAUACAAUUUAAGAGCCAGUCUGGGCUGAAACUGCAAAGCCAGCACAUCAAAACAUCAGGCUGUUACUUUGAUGUGCUUCAGCCCCUUUUCUUUCCUUCUUUCUCUGCAGUGUUUUCAUGUACAGACAGUUUUCCGCUGAAGAAAACAAGUGCUGAAAAAAAUAUAUCCUUUUUUAAAAAACACCCAAAAAUCCCAUGCUAUUCCUGAAGUCCAUUUCCUGUAGUGACUCGAAUGGAAAAAAUCUUCACUUUCCGCACAUUCUUUGCAUACUGCGCCUCAUCAUUUGUGUCAAAUCCCUAAAAACAUUCCCUCCAAUUUAUUGUUAGGUUUUGGUACACAUCCGUCUACCCAGAACUGGUUAGAGCAGCAGAAUCAGGAAGGAACUCAAAAGCAAGAUUGCAUAAUAUAUCUUGUUGCUUCGGUGAAUGUUCUCUUGACGCCCCUUGGCUGGAAGAGCAAUCAUUCACUUUAUGUUUUGCAAUGUAAUCAAUUGCAAUUUCAUUUCACUUUUAUGCAAUAUAAAUUAGAUUCCCUCCCCUCAAAAUACAACCAUCAUUGAAAACUAUCAGAGAUACAUAAACCAUUUUUCUCAUGAAGACUGCAGGAGCCCUUACGUAUGAAUAUUUAUCUGUGUUUUGAACUUAAACUCUAUUCCUAAUCCUUCUUCCCGUGCAUUAACUGUUUCACGGGUGACCACAUAGGCAUCCUUGCACACAAUCACAGGGCGCCACUGAGGUUUGAGAGCCCAGACUUACUGUGUAUCCCCAGCCCACCUUUGUAAUCAGUCAAAAGCACUUUAAUCAGUUAACUUAACUUAGUAAUUGACUCAGCAUUGCAUCCCCGAACUUUGAACAGAAUAGGUGCUAACUCUACCUUGAUGCAGGUGUUCUACUUUUGUCAUAGAAUUGUAGAGUUGGAAGGGACCCGAGGGUCAUCUAGUGCAGGGGUCAGCAAACCUUUUCAGUAGGGGGCCGGUCCACUGUCCUCAGACCUUGUGGGGGGCCAGACUAUAUUUCAACCAAGUAUCAAAAUACAGUGGUCUGUUAAAUAUUAAAAGCUUCCCUAAACAGGGCUGCCUUCAGAUGUCUUCUAAAAAUCUGGUAGUUGUUUUUCUCUUUGACAUCUGGUGGGAGGGCGUUCCACAGGGCGGGUGCCACUACCGAGAAGGUGUUCUGCCUGGUUCCCUGUAUCCUGGCUUCUCGCAAUGAGCGAAACGCCAGAAGGCCCUCGGCACUGGAUCAUUUAGCGCUUUAAAGGUCAGUACCAACACUUUGAAUUGUGCUUGGAAACGUACUGGGAGCCAAUGCAGAUUUUUCAAGACCGGUGUUAUGUGGUCUCAGCAGCCGCUCCCAGUCACCAGUCUAGCUGCCGCAUAUUCUGGAUUAGUUGUACUCAUUCUACUCAUUGUACAUUCUACUCAUGUAAAAACACACUGAUUCCCGGACCAUCCACUGGCUGGAUUUAGAAGGCGAUUGGGCUUGAUCUGGCCCCCGGGCCUUAGGUUGCCUACCCAUGAUCUAGUGUAACCCCCUGCAAUGCUUGAAAUGUGCAAAUGCUACUCUAAGCUUCUCUCCCUGUUUGCUGUCCUAUCCCUUUUAGAUCCACAUACAUUGAUACAGCUCAUGCCACCUUUGGCACUUUUUCUGCACUCUCAUAUUGUGUUUGUUCGUGUGUGUGUGGGCAAUUGCUCACAGGAGCCAUCUUCUUGCCGUCUUUAGUUACAUGCAAGAUAACAGUACACCUACAGUUUCAGUGUGGUGCAACUCUUGUGGGCCGGCUAGAAAGUCUUCUACAGCUGAGACAAGUGAGCUAAGCUACGCUGAAACUGAUGGAGAGCAGCAUAGGUUAAUUGUGGGAAACUAUUAGCAUUUGUUGUUUCUGCUGCUUUAUUCUUUUUUUUUUUUUAAGUCUCCAGAGAAGAUAGCUCACUCCUAAUGCUUCCUUUUUUAAUGCUGUUUCCAAAGAAAGAUAUGUCCCUGGGAAAUAAGUUCUAAUUUUAAGCUUGUUUUUAGCAUGCCUACAUGCAAGAACACAUUGAGUUGUUUCGACUGGGGAUUUUAUUUUUUUAAUCCAUCAGGACCUAGAAGACACAUUCUGGAUGAUAACUAAUGAUCACAGAAUGGGAGAAAAAAACACAAAUAUGUUAGUUUUGGGAAAUUUAAUUUAUAGGGUCAACUCCUUAGCUCUCCCAAAAUGCCAUGUCCCAGAAAUUCCACCAUUCAGAGGGACUGUGAGUUUAAAAAGACAUGGUGAUCAUCCUGGGUGGGGUUUUUUUUUUUAAAACCCAUGAUGUUAUUGACUGUAGGCUCUGGCAGGCAUCGCCAUUUUCAGUAGACCCCAACUGACAUCACCAUUAGCCAUGAACCCAAGAAUCCACCUGGAAAAGCCAAGUGGGGACACCAGACCUAUCAUUACAUUUUGCAAUUCAGUGAAAUGUGUUGUGUCACUGUAGACCUGCCUAUAAUUCUUUAUAUUUGUUGCAAUUGUUUAAAUUGUUGGGAGGACUCCAAAUCCAAUUCUGUGUGUGAAUACACACAUUUACCUGCUCCCUCCCGACAAUAAAUUUCGCUUAGGCUUGCUGUAAAAGCUUAUGCUGCAAUGAAUCUGUUAGUCUUUUAGUUUGCUAAAUUGUUCUUGCUGUUUUUGCUACCGCAGCCUAGCACACAACUUCUCCUGUGAGAUGUCAGACUUCUGAGGCACUUGUAUACUUUCUUAUUGUUAAAAGAAUGUGGCUGCACAUUUAGAAAUAGCUCAAAUGAUAUUAUUGAAAGAGCACGAGCUUUAUUGAUUUUCUCCAUACAAUUUUCUCCAUACCUUGGGCGAUUUCGUUCUUCGCUGCCUUAGUGGCACAAUAGACUUUCCGUUCCUUGUAAAUUUUUACAGCUUGCUUUAAAAUCUCCUGCUACAGCUGCCUUAGGAGUCUUCCUCUCUUCCUUCCCUGCUGGAUUAACAAAACUGCAGCAUGGAAUUUGUGCUUCCUGCAACAUCACCAGCUAACUUAUCUGAAGCCUGCUGUCUGAAUCAUACUGCUCUUCCCUACUGUCUAAAAAUCCCAAAAGAUUCACCUUCAACUGUUGCAUCCAAUUGAAUGGCUAUGGAACUCCACUUGAAAUUCUGGCACUGAAAAUUUCUACUGCUAAUCUCACAGAGCAAGCAGAUUUUCUGCCUUUUAUGUCUUUCAAGUGAAAUAGCCACAAAUAGAUGAAGCUCAAGGAUGGCAGAAACAGGCCAUAUGUAGUAUCAUACAACAGCUAUUAAUUAACUGACCAAUUAUUAACAGAUUAUUAUUAUUACCCCCAGUGCUUUGGGGAGUAAAAAAAUGAGGUGACAGUAUUCCUCUGUUGGUAAAAGAUUCAUAGGUUGCCAACACAGUGGCUGCCAUAGACAGCAAAAAAGAAGAAGAGGUGAAGUGGUCUGAAUGAGUGAUUGCUGUCACACACAAAAACCUGUCUCCUAUUGUUAGUUUGAUUCAAGGAACCAGAAGCAAAGGAAAAUAACCAUUAGUGAUGCUAUACACACAGCAGAUGUGUGUCAUAAGCUAUACACACAGCAGAUGUGUGCCCAGAAUGCAGCAGCUAGACUGGUGACUGGGAGCGGCCGCCAAGACCAUAUAACACCGGUCUUGAAAGACCUACACUGGCUCCCAGUACGUUUCCGAGCACAAUUCAAAGUGUUGGUGCUGACCUUUAAAGCCCUAAACGACCUCGGUCCAGUAUACCUGAAGGAGCGUCUCCAUCCCCAUCAUUCUGCCCGGACACUGAGGUCCAGCUCCGAGGGCCUUCUGGCGGUUCCCUCCUUGCGAGAAGCCAAGUUACAGGGAACCAGGCAGAGUGCCUUCUCAGUAGUGGCACCCGCCCUGUGGAACGCCCUCUCACCUGAUGUCAAAGAGAAAAACAACUGCCAGAUUCUUAGAAGACAUCUGAAGACAGCCCUGUUUAAUGUUUGAUCAUGAUCAUGAUCAAAAGCUGAAGGCAGCUUUUCAUGUUUAAAUAGGUUAUUGUAUUUUAAUAUUCCGUUGGAAGCCGCCCAGAGUGGCUGGGGAAACCCAGCCAGAUGGAUGGGGUAUAAAUAAUAAUAAUUAUUAUUAUCAUAGCACAUACUCAGUUGGUGGAAUUCAUUGCUGUAAGAGGCAGCGAUGGCCGCAAGCUUAGAUGGCUUUGAGAGAGAGAGGUCUAAGGAAGUCUGUGACUGCUAGUCAUAAUGGCUGCUUGCUUCAUCCAGGCAAUGAGGAACAGCUGUGGGAGAAGACUGCUGCCUUCAUGUCCCGUGCAAAGUUGGCUCAGCUUUUUAGGCAGGGUGCGGCCACUGCCUCAGGCGGGAGGAGCCACCCAAACGGCAUGCCUGCGGGCGCCCUGCCUGCCACGCUGUCUCCGCCGGCAGCAAAGAAGCAAUGCCACCAGCAGACCAUUUUGGGGCAACUCAACCCCCCUGUCUGAUACUCUGCUAGCAGCAACUUAUGGAAAUAUAUUCUGAAGGCACUCGCUGAAUGCUGCAAUCUGUCUUGAAUCCGAAGGCUGGCAAGGAGUGAAACUAUAUAUAUAGCGGCUAGCGUUGGUGCUCUGCUUUCCCUCAGGGGAAAUGGCACUAAAUUGUGGGCGUGUUUUGAACAAUGAAAGCCAGUUUGACCCUCUUAUUAGCAAGGCCGUUCUCUACUUAUGUGUGCAACGUGUAUAGUAUUUAAAAUACAUUAAUACUAAAUGAUCAUGAUCACACAGAGGUAAUGCUUGGGUAUAGGUGAACCAAACAUAAAAGCAAGAGUUUUCUCUAGCACUCAAGAGAGGAAGCCAGAGCAGCAAUUCAGAUGCUGGAAUUCCAUACUGUAUAGCUUUGCCUUUAGGUCUAAGGACACUGUCUUGUGUUUGCAGAUGGCUGAACUGAUAUGACUUCUGCUUUGGGUUGUAAGGGCAUUGCAUGCUUGAGUCCCUGGACUGGCCCUUCCAGCUGUGCUUUAUGUUUGCCUUAGAGGGAAUUCCACUGACAGGGAUUGCAGGCUGCAAACCAUCAGACUCUUUCUCUAGAGGCUAGAGAAGGUAGCUGACAGAGGGCUACCAGCUGGUGGGCGCUGUAGUUCAAAACACCUGGAAGGUCUCAGUUUGGGGAAAACUGCCCUAAGUCAUUACAAAUAAAAGGUGUGUCAGAAGUGUUUGCUAGGCACAACGUCAUGAAUAUUAUAGCUGAAUUUGUGUGCUGUGUCUUGGCCUUCUUGUUACAUACAUUUUGACUGUGUAAAAUUUCAUCCCUUGUGGAAAUUCAGGGACAAUUAUGAAGCAGGCACAAAUAUCAGCUUCUUGAUGAGUCUCUUUUAAGUUUUUACUCUCAGGAUUGAGAUAUAUAAUUGCUCCUAAAUGCCUGUUAACACGCACAGAAGCACAGCUGCAUGACCGCAGAGACAUACAGAAGCAAGUGCAGACCACUAAUUUUUAACCUAAAAACAUUUUAAUUAAAAAUUGGAUGGGACGUAUGAUAUGCAGGCUGGAAGAAGUUUCUUUAUUAAAUCAAAUAAAUAAAAAGUACUCCAUGAUAAAGCCAGUAAAACUUCAUUAUCCAAAUUUCAAUUAACCUAAAUGCUAUGCUAAUUUUUUUGCAAAGAGCAUUCCAGAAAGUCUCAGAAUUGGAUUAGAAAGGAUCCGAGAGUUAAGGCUUGGGGCACAUUGAGUUUUGUGCUUUGCCUGCUCUCCUUUGACAUCAUAGAGACGAUCUUGCCAAGAGCUGGAUGUCAGUGUGAAGAGAAUCAUCUCCAGGACCAAAACAAGUUGUCACAUUUAUUAAUGAGUCACUGUUUGCUGUGGCCUCUCACACAAUUUUAGGAACACCUCCAAAACAUCCAGCCUCAUGCUGAAUUUUUAAGCCUUCCAUUACAGUAUGGGGAGGGGCUUCUUUCACAGCAGACACACACACAAAAAUACCCAUCCCUGUCUAACUAUGUGCAUUGAACCAUUAUUUGGCUGGCGAACUACAUUGCAAAAUUCAGAAGAGUGUGAAUUUUGAAGGAUGGCUUUGAUUUGGUUCAAUGAAUUAUUUUGAAAGGUGCAAAUUAGGUAAAUUCGCAUUUAAAUGUGAACGGAGUUGAAUUUCUCCCUGACUCUACUUGUGAUCCUUCUAUUCACAUUUAUUCAGAAAGAAGCCUCACUGAGUUAUAUCUGAGUAAGGUAUCGGAGUGGACCCAUUAUAAUUAGUAGACCUAAGCUAGUGAUGUCCAUUAAUGCCAAUCAAUCUUCUGUGAGUAUGAUUAACAAUGAAUACAACCCACUGUGUUCAGUGGGGUUUACACUUGAGCAACUGUGCAUUAGAAAGUUCUUAGAUGUGGAUCAUUGUCUUUAGAAGUCUCAUCAUCUUCAAAACAUGCACCACUUACAUUCUUGUAGUGCUUCAAUCUAACGAAAGACAUUCCAUAAAUUAAGUCAGGUCACAUUUGUACUUAUGUAAAAUACAAAAUAAUUGCUUAAAGGUAAAGGGACUCCUGACCGUUAGGUUCAGUCGUGGACGACUCUGGGGUUGUGGCGCUCAUCUCGCUUUAGUGGCUGAGGGAGCUGGCGUAUGUGGCCAGCAUGACUAAGCCGCUUCUGGAGAACCAGAGCAGCGCACGGAAACGCUGUUUACUUACAUCUAACCAAAACAAAAGUGCCAUUGCUAAGUACCUUGAAAAAAUAGGUUGCUUCUCUGGAUCCCAUUGUGUAGAUCAGAAUGCUUGUCUUCAGGUCUAUACUGGCCUCUGAUUGUAGAACAAGCUGUAGGUGGAAUGGUAAAGAUCAGAAAAUGGAACAUAAACUGUAAUCUAUACUACAAUACAGAAGAAGAAAUGAUAGCAAAAUGUAAACUAUAGUAUUCAAGGGGAUUAUCCCCCCCCCAAAUUUGGGGAAGCCAGGCAGACACAUGGCAAAGGCUGAUCUCAGGCUACAUGGCUCAUGCUUCGGCCUGCACAGUUGGAUAGGACAAAACUUCAAUGGUUAAAGGAAACUCCAUUUUAAUGUACAAAGCCUGCCUUUGCGCCCCACGGUGCAUGCGUGAUGACAAGCCUCUCUCUGAAGCUGUUACGAACAUAUCCUCAGGUAACAAACGGCAAUAACUAACAGAAAUAUAAAGAGGUCUGUGCAUUUAGAAUUCAGCCUGCCAAGGUCCUUGCAGCUUACUUCUUAAAACGGAUUUCUAGUCCCAAAAGGAAAAGGAUGGUUCUGGUUUUGGAAGAAAGAUGGGUGUGCGCAGGUCUGUGGUGCUGCAGACACAGAGAGCGCAGAUGGGUGUUCCUCCCUGAAAGCAGUAAACACACAGCAUUCUUUUGUUCCGUAAUAAAUUGCUGCUGCAUUUGUGGUUAUACAUGGUUGAGUUAGGAGAAUAAAAAAGGAUUGGCUUCUACCCGUGAUAUCAUGAACCUGUCAUCUCACCCCAAUCUCCAAAAAGGUUGGCUAUCCCCCCCCCCCCCCCGGGCAUGAGUCAGAAACACACUUACAAACAUAGAUGUGGCAUUUAAAAACAAUACUAAAAUAAAUGGUGGAUAGGCUGCAUGACUCACAAGGGGAAGACAUGGGGCUGAUUCAGCAUUUGAUUACCUACUGUGCUCAUUACAAGUUGAAACUCCGGGGUUGGGGAGCACAUACAGCAAUCAAUGAACCCUCAGAAAACUUUUUUCUGACCUUCGUCCACUCAAUGGUUGUGGGAGGACAAGGGUUGCAGCAGGCCCAGCUUCGACACGCAUGCAUUCCUUUGAAUGUAUAACUGUACACAUAGAGUGCUCCCUCCAUUCAGAAAAAGCAGAGUUUUGAUCAUGCAGGGAAACGCCUGGUGCUCCUAGCAGGGCUGCAAAUGAAUCCGCAGAGUUCAGAAGUGAAGACAGCAUUUGCCAUCCUGUUUCCACCUCCUCUGUGCUUCAGUGAAGGUGUAAAAGGGGGUGGAGAAAGCUCUUGAAACUAUGCCUCAGCCGUCAUCCAGAGUUCCUUUUGUUACCUCUCCCUUCUUUUACGACAGUGGUUCUCAACCUGUGGGUCCCCAGAUGUUGUUGGACUACAACUCCCAUCAUCCCUGAGCUCUGGCCUUGCUAGCUAGGGUGAUGGGAGUUGUAGUUCAACAAUAUCUGGGGACCCACGGGUUGAGAAAGGCUGCUUUACGACAUGGGUAGGCUACCUAAGGCCCGGGGGCCAGAUCCCGCCCAAUCGCCUUCUAAAUCCAGCCCGCGGACGGUCCGGGAAUCAGCGUGUUUUUACAUGAGUAGAAUGUGUCCUUUUAUUUAAAAUGCAUCUCUGGGUUAUUUGUGGGGCCUGCCUGGUGUUUUUACAUGAGUAGAAUGGGUGCUUUUAUUUAAAACGCAUCUCUGGGUUAUUUGUGGGGCAUAGGAAUUCGUUCAUUUUUCCCCCUUCAAAAUAUAGUCUGGCCCCCCCACAAGGUCUGAGGGCAGUGGACCGGCCCCCCGCUGAAAAAGUUUGCUGACCCCUGCUUUACAUUCAUGUACUCACAGCUCUGGUGACCAGCACACAGCGAACAUACCAGAAGCACUUCUCAUGUACACACAUCAGAGUUAGUGGCACUGAACUCCACAAAGCAUGGAGGGGAGACUUGGGUUUCCAACUGUUAGGGGACAGGCAGAGGGCACAAGGGAAUCAUGACUGCCCACAGUUCCCUCAUACCAGCUUGCUGUGCCUCCUAUCAGUUUGGAGGAUACCUCUCUCCUUCCUACUUGACAGCAAGCCUGUCCAGCUGGCGAGCCACCAGCCUGAAUUCAAUCUGUCAGGCAUGGAUUGCCAUUCCUCCUUUUCCCCCAUCUCCAAGGAGGUAAGAGAUUUGUCAGAGCCUCGACUGGGCUACAUUAGUCAGCCCCAACUGUGCAGGCCCCACUCUCUGGCGUUUGAGCACAAUGCACAUCAGUACAUCAGAAUCAACACAAAGCAUGCUUGCUGCAUGAAGUAUACCUUGAUUCUAAGACAAACUUCCUAUGGAAACAUUUGAUGAACAGGAUUGGUUUAGAUUUCAUUUUUGACUUAGCUCUAUUCAUUCAAAGCAAUUACCAAGAGGUGGCUUUCAAGUAAAAAAAUACACUAUUUUAAAAACACAGUUUAAUAACGACAGCUCUAAUUGUCUCUAGCACGAGCCCAUUCCAGCUACUUGAAAGGCAAGGUAACCUCAUCCCUGAAAACCAUCCUAUUAGUGAGGCUACCAUUUCUUUAGUUAUUUUCUGCUUGAUAACCUCCUUCUCCCAAACCCUUAAUUAGGUAUCUUAUCUAGCUCUGUGAAAUCCAAUACAGGUUAAGAGCUGGUUUUACAGCUGGUCAAAUUAAAAAAAAACAAACCAGCAUGGUUGAAUUUCAGAGGGAGCUUUAAUAAUCUCGUACAAAUCCCUUCCUCCAAUCUUGCUCUGUUCAUUCAAGCGGGCUCCUUACAUUUCUGCAAGUAAGCGAGGCUGAUAGAUUGCCUGAAGUAGCUCUGAGUAGAACCACAUCCAAACAACCUCAGUAAGAGGACGGCCAUCAGAAAGCAAAGGGGUUUGUAUUCUUAUGUCCAGUCUUUUGGUUUCAUUACACAUAUAGAGUGGUUGGGGUGCUAAACCUGUUCCUGAAAUAUAUUGCAAGGGGAUAGUGCGUUUCCAAUCAAACCUUUAUUGCUACAGUCAGUGACCAGCAUAAAAAAGCAAAAUAAAAACACAUAAUCCAGAUGUGUAAUUUAGAGGAAAAUAAAAUAAAGAAGCAUAGAAUAAAGUAACUAAUCACCUAUUCUUCCCUAAGUAACCUCUCCUUGUCACAUGAUCUCUGUCACCUGAUAUCAACAGCUGGCUGAGGUAUAAUGAACUCUUCGACUGCUCAGACAUGUGUGGGAAGGAGGAGCGUAUCUUGUGUGGUGUUAACAGCACAAAACAGAUCUGGAGGCAAGUGCCAGAAGAGCCAAAAUACUGCUUGCUCCUUCGUGGAAAGGGGCUUCAGAAAAUAUAUUUUCAUUGCAGAAUUCUGCUUUAUUACAGGAAGAUUUAUAUAUACAAAAGGAUACCACACCGUGUGUUGCCAGGGCAGCUGUGCCUGAGGGCAGUUCAACAGAUGAAGCAUCAUUAUAAAGUUGAGGGAGCAUCACCCAAUGGAUUUCUGACUUGGCAUGCAAACACUUAUUUAGGCAGAUCAGUGGGAACAGGGUACACCAGAGCUUCCCAAACUUUUCAUGUUGGUGACACACUUUUUAGACCUGCAUCAUUUCGUGACACACUAAUUCAGUUUUACUAGCAAACCAGAGGUUAAACCUUUGCAGCCCCUGGAGGAGCAUGGAGAGUGUUUGCGUGAGACAACUACACACUGCAGCCAACACAGUUUGGAAAGCUCUGGGGAACACCUUUGAAUAAAUAAAAGGAGCUCUGCUGGAGCAGACCAAUUGCCCACAUUGUCAAGCAUCCUGUAGCCCACAGCAGCCAACCAGACUGCCGGGAUCUCCGCUCGGCCAAGCCAAUAAAGCUCAUUUUCCUCCGGCGGAGUCUUUCGGAAUCGCCUCCAACGUGAUUAACGACCUGAGCCUUUGAUGAGGCCUCAGGCACAUUCCCAUCCAGCAGAGAAUCACAGCAGCACGCGGAAGUGAUGAGAAUUAUGGCUACAUUGCAAAGAGUUUUAUUUUCCUAACUACGCAGACGAAAAACACUUCCUCUCUCUGUGAGAGCAGACAGCAACUGAACAACAAAGGAACAGGAAACCACUAACGUCACAUCCGUCUCCUGUCUCCCGUGAGACUUCCAACAGUAUGGAAUGUGUGGAAUGUAAACAGAGUCUUGUGACUGCAAAGCACUGCUCAGUGGCAAACAGAAACUAACACAGACGCCCCUCAGAAGCCCACAAACAGGGCGUGAAAGGCAAUAGUCCUGUCGUGCUGUUAAUCCCCAGCAUCUGGCACCAACAAAGGCAUACUGUAUCUGGUGGAUGCAUAUAGCCAUAAUGAUUUGUAGCCAUUGGUGGCUUUUUGCCCACAUGAAAUUGUCUGAUCCCCUCUUAAAAAGCAUCUUUUGCCUGCCCUGGCUCUCUAAUAACUGACUAUAAUGCACUCUCCCCAUUAGUGCAGAUGAAAGGUCCCACUUCCAUCCAUCAGAUGCAUAUUCUCAUAUGGCAGCAGCUUCUUAUGUGGAUCCCAGUGGAUUACUAACCAAGGGGCAUGGCUGUCUUUGGAAAAGGAAAAAUGGGAGAGGGAAGCUGCUAGUUGCCAAAGCUUCUUUAUUCCAUAAAUUAAAUGUUGGGGAGAACAGCAGUUCAAUGGUAGAGCAUGUGAUUUGCCUGCAGAUGAUCCUCAGCUUAAUCCCUGGCAUCUGCAGUUCAAAGGAUCUAGCAGCAGCUGCUGGGAAGUACCUCUGCCUGGCAAACACAGCCGGCCCUACCAUUAGGCAAAGUGAGAUUAUCAUCUCAGGCAGCAAACGCCGGGGAGGGGGAGACAGAAGCAGCCCUCAGCUGUUGCUUCUAAGCCCCCCAGGUAUUUCCCUGUUGCCACAUGGCCUGGCCUGCUGUCUCAGGUGCAGCAAAAGGAUGCUAUACUCUCAAAAGUGUACAGUGCAGUCAUCUUUUGUAUGUGGAAUGAGGAGAUGCCACCUUUAUAUCCUUUGCCUCAGGCAGCAAAAUGUAUUGAGCUGGCCCUGCUGGAGAACCACUGGCAAUCAAAGCAUACAGUUCUGGGUUAGAUGGAGAAAUAAUCUGGAACCAGUGUGCCAGGUCUUGCCCCCUAAGCAAGACAGAGGGUUUUUAAGCUGUCCAGCAUGUUUUCAGGGAUCUAGGAGGCGCUUUCGGAGCCCAGUAAGCAAGGCAGAGAGCUUAAAAGCUCUUUCCACACUGGGAAAACCCUGCACAAAAAGAGCUUUUAAUCUCUCCACCUUCCAUGCAUUUAAUUUGUGCGAUUUCAACUGGCCAGUCCUCAGCUGCAUAAAAGUUGAAACUGCACGUGUUAAACGUGUGUACAUUGUAAGUUAUCCGCACUCUUUGGUCGUGCUGCUAAGAGAUACUUAACAGACCUGGCUUGAGGCGUUCCUGGCUGGAAGCAUUAAGUUAAUGGCAUUAACUUUAGGAAUCUCUUUUUCUACAGAACCCCAGCUUAGAGAUGUGAAACCACAGGCUUGGGAGGGGGAGACCCCAAGAUGGCAUCCAGACUGAUAGAUGUACACCCCAAAUCCUGUAGCAAAGCAACCAUUCUUCUUCAGGGGCAACAAUUGCACAAAGCCACACAAAAGCAAAAGUUUGCCUGGCUGAAUUAGUGUAUUGACAUUGGCCCUGAGGAAGAUGAUAGCUCAAAUCUAAAAGUGCACUGGAUUAUAGGAUCAAUAACUUACAGCGCCCAGUGGCUCCCUCCCUGCCCCUCACACCCUCCCCAUCCUUCCUGAUUCAGAGACAGUCACACAGAACAAAAAAAAUGUGCAAAGAACAAUCCUUUGCCAUGGCCCCAGAGAUGGUAUACAGAUGUGCCUUUGAUGGAUGUGAGUCUUUCUUCUGUACUGUGUAGAAGUGAUGAGGAUUAGCCAUAGGUACACCCUGUUCCAACUGAAAGAUGUGACUCAAGAAGCACAGUGCAUGGGAUUUACAGAAUCAAUACCUGAUCAUGACCAGAUGCUUCUUGUCUCUUUUGUGUCAGUAGACUACUGCUAAGAAGCCUUCCCUCUUUUUUCUUCUAUUUCUGGAUCAGGACCAUGAUAUAUUAGACCUCAGUUCCACACACACUUAUCUGGAAGUAAGCCCCAUUGAACUCAGGUGGGCUUACCUCUGAAUAUUUUUAUUUUAUUUAUUAUUAUCAUCAUUAUUAUUUCUUUCAUUUUUAUACUGCUUUAUAUCUUAAGAAAAAGCCUCAGAGUGCUUUGCAACACAUUAAAACAUCAAAUAAAUCAACCCAGAACAAACAUUACUGAACAAAGUCAAAUAUAAAGUAUACAUUCAAAACAACAUAAUUAACGGGAAACUAAAAUAUUACCAUAAGGAUUUCAAAAUAAGACAUUACAAAGGAGGGCAACCAAAGUAGGCACGUUUAAUGCAGCAAAAUCAACAACAGAAAAUUAUAUUAAAGAUUUCAAAAGAAAUCAUGACCAAAAGAAGUCAAAUAGAAAAUGCACAUUUAAAACAGCAUAAUUAGCAAGAGAAUAAAAUAGGCAUAUAAUAUAUCUGCUGCCAAUCCUGCCAGUGGUAGUUCAUGGCAGACAACAGCUGUGGAAGCUCAGACUCGAUGAUCUGGGUCUGCACUAAGAGACAGCCAAGCUGCUCUCUGAUCUUUUCAGCAGCCUGAGCUUUUGUAGCUGGAGUCAGUCUGGGCCCCGCCCACCCAGGCCAGGUAGAAAAAGGCGUGCAGGGCAGGGAGCUUAUUAACGUUUAUUUUUAAAAGUUGCUAUCCAUUCCUGCCCUUUAAGAUACUCUGAAUGCAGAUAUGAUAAACUAAGGUAUGUUGCCCAAGUACAUCUGUUCUUAACAUCACAUCUGCAGCGACUAGAUGUUCUAGGAUUGAAGAAAGAGGGACAAAGUUAAAAACUGGAUCACUUGGGCUAUAUUUUUUAUUGUAAAAUCUAAUAUUGUAUUCAUUUAUUACAACUAUGAAGCCAAUUGCAAAUCAAAUCAUGGUUACAGCAAUGCAUAACCUUUCCCAUAAGACACAGGGUUGUGUUUUGAGAGGCAGUUAUGAUUUGCAGACAAGGAGCUCUUUUUCUCAGCUGAGCUGUAGUGUAUUCUUUUAGAAAAUAAAGAGAAAGUAAACCAUCCCUUUGUGGGUGGGGGGACCAGGCGUAGGUCUGUUGAUUCUGCACAGUUGUAUUAAGACUGGAGGUUUGUGAAGUACUGUAAGGCUGAGACCUGUUUGAGCUUUGCAGGAGGUCACUUGGAUGCAUGGAAACUAUUGAUAUUCUGUAAUUAAAUUAUUUCUGUUCCUCUGACAGGGACAAACGCUAAACAUGGACUGCGCUGCAAGGCAUGCAAGCUGAGCAUUCACCACAGAUGUGCAGAGAGCAUUGGACAGCAACGCUGCAUGGGCAAACUGGUAAUGCAGUAAUUGGAUAAUUAUAUAUAUAUAUAGAAGGCAGUAAUUGGAUCAAACACAGCCACAAACCAGACAGGGCAAUACAUAUGGCCCAGCAGGUCCCACCUAAUGUCUUGGCUGAAUUGAAGAAACACACAGUGCUUAGAAAAAGAUAAUCUAGCAAGAAACUUAUUCUAGGCACAGAAUUCAAAAAUCAUACUCCAAACAUGCCAACCCUGAGAAAUAUAGACUCUUACAGGCUCAGUUAAACAAGAGUUGUUGCUUUUCAGACAGGGCUACAGCAGGGAUGGCUUCAGGACUGGGCAUUGUUGGACAUUUGCCAAGGCCCAUAUUUCUACGGCGGGCUCACUGCUUAUCCCAUAGUCUCCAACUGCCCCCCAAAUGCCAGGACCCAUGCUGAAAACCCUUAAGCCACCAUAGCUUCUCACUUUGUCAUGCAGAGUCCCAGAUUCCCAAAUGCAAGCCUUUCCUACUGCCAACGGCCAAAACAAACCCCUCAAAUCUUUACCUUCAUUGCUCCUUCCAUCUCUUGGCCAGGGAAAGAGCAAAGCAGCAACCUACUUUGGGUUCUCAUUUGCACACCCUUGCAAAGCUGCUCAGCAUGGUCUGCUCUGUGUCCAAACCUCUUAGGUCCCUGCCCCUAUUUCUUUGCAUUGCUCCCUUGCCUUCCAUUGCCAGUUUCAUUUGGGAACCUGAAGUGUCACCGAGCUGCCACCCACCUCUGUGUGUAGCGAGCAGCCUCUUUGGCUUCUGCUUUGAGAGAGAUGCAGAGAUCUGAUCCUGUAGCUUGGCUCUCUUUGUGGCUUAAAAUGAACUGGACUAGAUUCCUAGAGAGGAAGGGGGUUUGAGGAGAUGGGGAGGCGUCCUCCAGAGCAAAAACGCCUCCCUUCAAAACCCCUUCCUGCCUGGCUACUCCUGUGGAUGGGGGAAAUGGCAUUUAUCUCCCCCAUGAGCUAAAUUGAUGGCACCUUCUGAAAUCCCAUUUUGUCUCCCCAUUUUGUGCAUUUGGGUGCAGCUGAUCCAUCCAGGAUUCACCACACCACAGAGUGGUUUUUGCUGGCAGAAAAGAAACACCUACUGCUUAUACAGGGAAUCUGCUUUGCAUAAUUAGCACCUAGUUAGUCAGAUCUAAUUUAUUUGCUUUAUAGCCUUAGACACCAAGUGAGGCAUUUUUAUACACUAGGCUUUUAAAUCUUCUAAUUCAGGCUGGUCUUUUUUUAUUAGCUGCUUUGUAUUUCUGGGUUAUAAAUGAUGUUUUAUUGGCACAAUUGAGCAUAGAAGCUUGCCACCCCACCCCACCCCCUCAAAAGAGGACAUCUACCAGGAAGGGGAAGCCUUCAAAAUAUUUCCAAUUAAAAAUGAAACAUACUUCCCCUCAGUAUGAAUGCUAAAGUACAAAACUUAAUUUAUAUGUUCUUAUGAUCUGGAUCCCAUGCAGAUCCAGCAACAGGAAGGAAUUUACAGCUUUCAGCUUUGCAGUAAAAAGUAAAGUUGCCCCAGUAAAGCAGGAAUAGGGAACAUGUCAGUGCUGUUGAACUCCAAUUCCCAUCAUCACGAUUGACUCUGUUGGUUGGGACUGAUGGGAAUUUGAGUCCAACAACCUUGGGAAGGCCAUAGGCUCCCGACUUCUGCACUAAAGAAUUAGCAGAUACAGUGGUACCUCACAUUACAGAAGCUUCAGAUUACAGACUCCGCUAACCCAGAAAUAGUACCUUGGGUUAAGAACUUUGCUUCAGGAUGAGAACAGAAAUUGUGCUCUGGUGGCACGGCGGCAGUGAGAGGCCCCAUUAGCUAAAGUGAUACCUCAGGUUAAGAACAGUUUCAGGUUAAGAAUGGACCUCCAGAAUGAAUUAAGUUCUUAACCCAAGGUACCACUGUAUACCAUAUUACUGUAGCUUCAUUGUACUCCCGCUGAACCUAGCAACCCCAUUGAACUGAAUGGGUCGUGAUUGCCUUAUAUUCAUUCUCUCUCUCGCUCUCUCGUUUGCUCACUCUCUAGCCCAAAGGCUUUCGCCGCUACUACAGCUCUCCGCUACUCAUUCACGAGCAAUUUGGCUGCAUCAAAGAAGUAAUGCCUAUUGGUAAGUUCAGAUAGAGUCUUGUUUUGUUAAUGGUCCCUGCCCCCCAAUUCUGCAAGUUGUAGCGUUCAUUGAUAUCGCAAAGGCUUCUGUGCCCUUUUGCGAAUGAUGCCUAAUCACAGCAAGACUUUGACUGAGUCCCUGCCCAGGUAAUUCCCUCUGGGAGAACAAAAACUUCACAAGGUUAGCAAACAUCAUUUCAUUCCACAGAGCAAGAGUGGGGAAUAAUCAUUUUCAGUCUCUCCAAGACAACCUUCAUUGGAGGCCACAUGCCAAUGGUGGCUGGGGCCAAGGGCCAAAGUAGGCAGAGCAACAAAUGUAAGUUUCACCUUUGUGCAGUAGGCUAGUUUCUACAGACACUCCUCUCUAAUCUCCACCCAGAGGCAUUACCAGAGUUCACAGGUACAUUCCAGCCAGGCAAAAAGACACAGAGUCCAAAGCAGAGCCAGUGAGAGGCAUGUAGGGAGAGGAGGCAUGGCCUGGGAGAAUUCUGAUACAGAGUCCUGGAGAGUUAUAUUUGGCUCCAGGGUCCGACCUUCCCCAUCCCUGAUGCAGAGGUUGCGAGGCUCAGAAUGCCAUAAAGAAACAAUGCUAUCCAGGGUUGUAAAGACUGCAGAGAGAAUAAUUGGGUGCACUCUUCCCACCUUAGAUCAAAUCUAUGCUUCCAGGUGCCAUAAGAAAGCGGCAGAGAUAGCACAGGAUAGUACGCACCCCGGAAAUGAUCUCUUUCAGCUUCUGCCCUCUGGAAGAAGAUAUAGGGUUAUAAAGGCCAGGACUAGCCGCCUGAGAAAUAGUUUCUACGCAAAUGCAAUUCUGGUUCUAAACGCAGCAUAAGGGGUCUCUAUAGUAUAGUAUAGUAUAGUAUAGUAUAGUAUAGUAUAGUAUAGUACAGUACAGUACAGUACAGUACUGUAUAGUAUAGUAUUUUAAAAUGGGGUUUCAGAGUUUUUAGGGGGUUUUGAAUGUUUUAUGUAGUUUUUAUGUAGUUUUAUGUAGUUUUAUGUAGUUUUUCAAUUUCAUUGUUCUGCAUUGGACAAUGACAAUAAAGAUAUCGUGUAUAUAUAUUGUAUAAGAAAGUGACUGGCAAAUAAACUUAAUCAAAUUACUGAGUAAGAAGCUCUAAGGAGUGGAUUUCAAAUGAAUACAGAGGUCACAAACCAAGGUGAGGUCUCAGGUGACAAAUCUGGGGUACCAUCCCAAGUAAGAAACAGAACUGACCCUGGAGCACACGAAAAAUUAGUAGCGUUUCUGUUUUCUGCAAGUCACAUUGAGACGAAUAAGAGUUUACCAAGUGCACUAGCACUGUGAGCUUCCCAGUGGAUUUGGGCCCAUAUUGAUCAGCGGGAGCAGUUAGCAUUUAGAUUUUUCCAUCGCAGGCACCAGAAUGUCUUGAGUCAUCCUUGAAUGAACGGAAAGUCAAAGAUGAGGAGCAAGAUAUGGGUUGCCCAUGUCUUGGCAAAAUUAAAAGUAGUCACUGCCCAAAGCCUGGGAUGCCCAAGUCAUCCAGUGAGUGCCCAUUUGGACAUUAGCAUCCCUGGUCCUAUAAUGACAUUCUGAACCCUUACAACACAUUAUGGGUUUGUUGUUAUGUUUCUUACUGUUUAUUUGAUCCAUUGUGAGCUACUUUGAGCAGAGUUUUGCAGAAAACUGGCAUACAAAUAAACAGGUAGCGCUGAUACUGAUCCCACUGGCUCUCUUUCCAGAUGUUUGGCAGAGACCUGGUUCCUGGACUUGGACCCUCUGCUGAACAUCUGUUUUGGUCCAUGGCCCAGGUGGAUGUUAGUUUCCAUCUUGAAAGGAUAAGCAAUAUUUUUCAAGGAGGAAGAAGAACACUUUUAACGUCCUAUCUUUUCUCCCUUCUUAUCUGUGUUUCUUUUGCAGCUUGUGGCAAUAAGGUUGACCCCGUCUAUGAAACACUUCGCUUUGGAACUUCCUUAGCCCAAAAAAUGAAGAAAGGCAGUUCUGGGAGCAGCUCAGAUUCACCAAAAAGGAACUCAGUAAGUGUGCUGUUUUGGGUUGUUGCCAAUUUUUUCCAUAGUAUAUCCACCUACUUUCCCCAGAAAGGACUUGGGUGCCUGGUUACGUGCCACUUCUUACUAUUAGUUACUAAACCUUUUCUGCAGGCGCCUGAUUUCUUUGGGAAUGAUAUAUACUGCUUCACUGCCUGUACCUUGGUUGGUAAUUUAACAUUCUCUAAUAAAAAAAAUAAAGAUCUGAGCAUCCCCAUUCAUAAUCACUCUGCCUGACACAGUGCUGAUGGUGGUUUUUCAAACAGUGCCACCAAUUUAUAAGGGGUUCAUAGUAGGCAAAAAAAGAAGACAAACCCUUGCCCCAAUUUUAAAAUAUUGGAAAAGAUGGACAGCAGAAGAAAGGUACAGGCAAUGAUAGUAAAUAACAGGAAGCCAGCAAGAAUGGGAGAGGCAAUGGCAAGGAGGCGUUGAUGUGAACAAAUGCAGCUAUUUGCACUGAGGGUUUUGGACUAAAAUGUUUGUGGAAACGAGGAGGCAAAUGAUAAAGAGAAUGAGAGGCAUCACCAUAUAGUUGCUCCAGGAGAGAAUUCCAUGCAUAAGGGGCAGCAACUGAGAAUGGACAGAAUAAUUUAAGAUGUGAGAUCUUCAGGUGGGUGAGGAUGGUAGAGUUGAUGGAACAACACCGCCAUCAGAAACCCCACACAGGUGGGCUUUGACACAAAUUCCAUAGAAUAAAAAUCCACCCUCAGUAGAAUCUGGCUGGCAUAGCCAGCAGAAUGAAACAAAAGAACAGUCUUUAAAUGACUCUGUAAGAGAGAGAGAAACAGAAACAGAACAGAUGGGAAAUCCCAUUUUAUGGGUUUGAUUUAGAACACUGAUAGAAAAACAAGGCCAGAACUAUUUUUGAUAAUUAUGGGGAAGCCAACAGUCUCAAAAGACUUGAAAUGCUUACUUCUGCAAAAGGGAUUCACUGUGCACUGCACAGGUAGGAUUGUGAAUGAUCACCAGCAUUUCUAUUUAAAAAACCCCGAAAAACAGAAGCUUGGACCUACUAUAGGAUCAUGAUGCUGUACACAGUGCUGCGGUCAUGCAAAGCAGAUGACUGCUUUAAAAAUAUUAUUUCAGCAAACCUACCUUUGCAUGUAAUUUUGUUAUGUACACUUAUUUUUUAAUUCUGUUGAUUUUAUGUCUAUUUUAGUAAUUUUUAUGUGUAUACUUAUUUUUAGACCUUGCUAAUUUUAUGGUGUUUUUUUAAUAAAUAUUUUAUUGAACAUUUUGUUAAAUAAAUGAAAUAAAACUGGCUUGUCUAAUAAUCACCUGGCAGAGGACUGAGAGGAUCUCUCAGUUGUCAUCCCACUCUCCUGCCUGUGUUGAACUUCUCUUCUGCUCUUGAAUUUUGGUAUUAUAAAACACGCAUAGACUCCCCAGGGCUGGUACAGCAUUAGCCCCUGAAAGCCCCUGAGACACCAAACCCCUGAGCCAGCCCUUCCGUGGGUAGCCCACUGCCUCUACCACCAGGGGAGAAGUGGCUACAGCACUGGCACCUAUUUCGGGCCAGAUAUUGCAGAGCGGACAAGAGCUGACCCAAAAUCUGCAAGAUCUGACCCAAAAUUGGCACCAGUGCUGGAAGCAGAGGCAACGGUGCAGGCGGCACAGGCGGCAGCAGCAGGUAGGGUGGCACCUCAUUUCGUCUUAAGCGGCAAAAUGGAACCCACCACCCCUCACACACAAACACACUUCUUAGUCUCCAGUGGAAAAAAAGUAGUGUUUGGAGGGGUGGAUAGUUGGCCUGCGCAUUCUUUAGCAUUUCAACAUGACAGCAGUGGCAAGGCUGGAUUCACCUUCAGACUAAAUACGCUCUAGAGCAGGGUCUCUGUUAAACUGGAAACCCUAAAUCCACUGAAAUUGCCUUUGUGUAAAAAAAAAAAAAAGUAGUGUGUUGUGCUCCAUGAACUUGGCUACUUUGAAAUUCCCUACAGCUUUCCAUAAGAUGGGUAGAUUUCAAGUAUACGCUGUGCAGGGCAAAUAUUUUUAACUCUAUAUUCCUAAGAACUAAUCCGUUUCUAUCUACUUUCACCACAAGCUUUAAUACUUCGAAAUAGGAGAGAUAAGCAAAAGAAUAACACGUAUACAGCUGUGGAAAACAGACGGGGGAUUCCUAACUUUCAAGUUCCUCCAAAUGCAAACCAAUUGUACACUUAGGUUCAUUCCUUAGUAUGGCCUCUGCCGGCGUUCACUGCUGUUAAGGCAUUGAAAAUGAACCUCUCUAGUGACCAGUGAAUGUUGAAAUAGAGGCCUAAAUGGUGUCUCUGGGCAGACUCCAUUCUCACCAGCCACCCAGUUUACAGUUCCUCAGGAGUAAGUGUGUGCUUGUGUCUUCCAUUGGGAAGAGCUGCUGUUCUGCAGGAAUUCCACAGCUGCUAACGUUGCUGCUAUUCCACUAAACUCAUCUACAUGGAGACCUUUGCGUAUUCCUAGAGAAAUGGCCCUAUUAUAAACCCUCACAACUUAUGAAUGUUGUGUUUCCCCAAAGCAAAUGCUAGCUUUGUUCAAACGUUGUGAUCUUUCCUCUUCGUUUCUUUAGCUUGUCCACAGACCAGAAUUUCCACAAAUGUAAUUGUUUCUUGUCAAAUCGGUAAAGCUUUCUGUUAAGUAAUAAAUGAUUACUCAAGCAUGCAAAACAUGAACAUAUUGCCAGCUUGCCUUGAAAUUUUGAUCAGAUGGGGAGUGGGUGUAAGUACAGAAUGCAAUACGUCGUGGGAUUUACUCCUUGGCAAGGCAGGCUGUCAAGUAGUGGAUUACGCAUAAGUGUGUAGUACUUAAAACCACAGUCUUAUUUGGAAGAAAACACAUGAACUUCAGAUCACUUGAGCGUGGGAUUUCAGGAUCCAUGAACGUAUAGAGCAGGCAUGGCCAAACUUGGCCCUCCAGAUGUUUUGGGACUACAACUCCCAUCAUCCCUAGCUAACAGGACCAGUGGUCAGGGAUGAUGGGAAUUGUAGUCCCAAAACAUCUGGAGGGCCAAGUUUGGCCAUGCCUGGCAGUGAUGCAAGAUCAAGACAAUGUAUCAUCAUUGCAAUAAACAGCUCUGGCAACCAAUCCAUUUCAAAUAUAGCAAUCCAAGCAAUUAUUUCAUUUCAGUAAUAUUAACAGUGAUAUCCAACAGCUUCCUAACAGCACUAGCCUUUGGGUCCCUGGGACUGUUCCUAAGACCUGUCAGUUCAAUCAGUCACAAUGGAGAGGCAGCUUACAAGUAAACAGACAUGGGAUAGAACUGUUCAACACCUACUGUGUAUGCAUCUAUCAACCUCUACCUCUGUCCAAAAGCCAGUACCCGAUAAUUUGUCAAGUUCUGAUGUGACCACAAAAAAGAACCUAGAAUGAGACUGUGCAGGCAAGGGGGUGGAGCUAUGCAAAUGGAGUGCUGUGCAGAUGAGCAGGUGGACUUGAUUCUCAACAGAUGCAGUCAGUGCAGUCUAGACUCCAGAGAACACCCUUUAGAUCCCAGAGCAUACCCUUUUAGGGAAAGGAUAGAAAUAAGGCACAUGGUUGCAGUAGUGCAAAACCUGUCCGCUUCCCCAGGCACCAGAUGGCUAUACCAGACACUAUACUCUCCAGAGGUCUUGCAGGAUCUCCCUUCAUGUGCGCUUCCAGUCAUAAAUACAUUUUGUUGCAUGAUAAUUUAUGUUGUGCUCCUUGCUAGUUGUUGCUGAGAUGAUGGAAUUAUAAUCUACUGCAUAUGUAAACUCCAAAAACCACAUGUCCUUUUCCCUUAACUCCAUUUUCCUCUCCUGUGUAAACAAAGAGCCCUGUUUGAAUUAGAUUCAGCAUCUAGGUCUACAACGCAUCUCAAAUGUCCUGCUAUUCUCCCAUCAAAUAUUUGAACUCUGCCUCUCAAUAACAUUUUGUCAUCAGUGUUGACACUUCCUGAUUCCUUCCACACCCACCACCAAGCUGUUGCCAUGUGCUUCAAUCUCUUGCGCAUCUAUUUCUCAUUUUUGCUCAUUUUCCCGCUUUCAAACCCCUUCUCCUCAUUCCUUACAGACAUCAGAUUUGGCAGAAGUUCCCGAGGAAGGUGAUAGUCCUGGAAGCGUAUUGGACGUAAACAGGAAACGCAGCAAUAGUGGUAUGUGGAAAGCUCAGGUGUUCGGUGGCCCCAAACAAUCUUCAAACCAAGGAAAAAUAAUUAUAGUCCCCAUUAAAUGUUUUCAGAUCCCUGUUUAUCAUUCACCUGUUCUACCUUUAAAAGAAACUGUUGCCUGUGCGAUCUAGCUGACUUGGCCUUGUAUGAGUAACUUGUUGACAGAUCUGACUGUGUGUACCCCAACACACACCAGCGGGACAUUAACCAUUCCUUUGAACAGCAUUGGAUUUCUUUACAGUCAGAAGCUCAGCACAUAAAUUAUACACCAGGUACUCCAAAAUGUUCCUCUUAGAAUAUUUACUGAAUUGCCCAUGCUGUCUGCACAGACCUUUUGUCAUGUUCCUGAAGCUCCCAUGUCCCCAAGGCUUCUGGCAUGCAGGCAUAUGAAAAGGAAUAUACUUCAGGGCCAAUGUUCUAGUUCAGUGGCUUAUUAACCAUACUUACUCUGCACUUUCCAGGCGCUUUAAAGCUCUGUGUCAAAGUGCUCUCUCUCUGUGCAGCUUUCCCUGCAAAAACCCGCUCUUUAAAGUUGAAUUGGAGCAAACAACAAUCUGCAGAAAACCCGAAUUGCCGUUCGUUGCACUUCAGCUUUAAAAAGCAGGUCUUUGCAGGGAAACCUCUGGAGAGAGAAAAAAGUGCUCAGCCAUGGAGCUUGUGGAAAGAGCUGUGGCUUGAAAGCAGGGCAAAAGUGCAGAUAAGCCCAGUACAAGGGCAUAUCCUAUGUCAUAUAUCUUAGGUGAUCUUGGGAUUUGGUUUGCGUCAAGCAGUCACCCCUGCUGUCUGGUGCACCCAUCUUCACCCACUGCAUUUAAUAUUUCUAUAGACUGCACAGUUUGUGCAUGAGUGUAGACACAUGUAGACCCCUAUGCAAACAUGAAAUCCAGUCCACAAAUGACAAGUAGGGAUAGGGACAGAAUGGGCAUUCCAUGGCAGGUCUGUCAGGAAAAUUGGUCCAUCUAGUUGAGCGUAUUCUACACGGAUUUUUCUCAACCGUUCCUGGAGACAACAGGAAUGGAACUAGGGACCAUCAAGGCAGAUGCUCCAACACUUGAGCCACAGUCCUUCUCUUGUUUCUUAUGUCUAACAUUUUUGCAAGACACAUCAUGUGGCCCGAUGGAGUUAAAUAUUCAGUGCAGGGGAAGGUAGCCUACAAAUGCUGAUUUCUGGUCUUUUUGGAUGCAUGAGAAAAUAGCCUCUUCCUUAGCUCAAAGCCAUACUGUAGUGGAUCAGAUACUAAAAUAAAUUUCAUUUGUGUAAUUUUCAAGAUCCUCUGGCACGUGAGCAUCAUUUCCAUUUUGUUUGUUUUUUAAAAUCUCCCAGCAAGAGUUGCUACAUGAGCCAGCUCCUGGUGGGUAUUCAAUAAUGAGGCUGGUCAGGCAGGUGUUCAUGGCCACAGAAAAGCUGUAUUUGCCGCCACAUGUGGCAAGAAGUCAUCCAGCAUUACAAAGAGCUAAUGGAAACAUUUCACACCAGAGACACAGUAUGCAACUGCCUUUGAUUAUGGAACUGUUCUUUGAGAUGACAGGUUGGUGCUAUUAAUAGUGUGGGUGCUAUUCAUAGACGCUAUUAAUAGCUGCUGCAGUACUUUGCAUAUAAAACCCCAAGCAGGGUUUAGCACUACCAAGGAUUCACCAGUGGUGGAGAUGUAGAGUAGAGACGGCUAAAGAGCAACGUGAUGACAACUGACGAUCACAUGUGGAUGUGGACAAUCCCACAUAACCAUUAAAGGCUUACAGAAAUAUCAGUAGGAGCACAUCAAAGUCAACUGUUUUGCUAUUUCAUUUGCAGAAGGUGCUGUGCAUUAUGAGCGAAGUUUCGAAAUGAAAGCAGAAAGAUAAUAGCAUUGGAAUAAAAGAAACACGUGAAACAAAUGGCUGGCUUGUUUGGCAGCUAGGAUUUUGGUCCUAAUUUUUGUUGUCCCCUUAAUUACAGUGUUCACAUACUCAGUAAAUGGUACCGCGGACUUUGGAGAUGAACCGAAGAAAAUAAACUCCAUGCUACAGGUGAUUUUUUUUUUAAUGUGACAAUAAAGCUGCAAUUUUGUACCUACUUUCCUGGGAGCAAGCCCCAUGGGAUUCAAUGGGACCUACAUUUAAGUAGGCGUGUAUAUAGACUGUGCUGUAACAAAGCCGAAAUUAAAUUUCACAUUCCUAUGAAGAAGGUGGUUUUUACAUAUAGGUCAGUUUGGGAUCACAUAGUAGCAAAGUGACUCCUAUGAGCGUCUAUGAAUGAGGCCUUAUUUAUGCCCAUGACAAAGUGAUUAACAGAUUCUAAAGCAUGGAGCCCACUGCCAAAAUCCAGAAAUCCGGCAGCUUGUUAAUUCUGUUUCAAAAUUAGUCUAGAGACUGUGAAAUAAUAGAUUUUCCCCAUUUGGGUUCUCCAUCCGGAAGCCAAGUUAAGAUAAACAUGGCAGUAUAUUUGGCUCAAACUUGACUAUUACUCCCAAUGGCUGUAUAAACAGAACCACCCUACAUCAAAUCAGUACCUCAUUUUCAGAGUGCAUGUUGCUGAAUUUGUCUUCAGCUUUGUUCUAUACAUAACGCUACUGUUAAAGAUCAAGUUCCAAUAUCUCCUCUUCUUUCUUUUUUUUCCAUGCCGAAGGGAUCUCUCAGUAAAGAUGCAGUACAGACAAAUGCCUAUGUUGCCUUGUACAAAUUUGUACCACAAGAGAAUGAAGACUUGGAAAUGAGGUAGACUUGUGUAUUUUAUUAAUGGGAAUUGGGAAGAACGCAGAUCUGACCUGCUGUGUAGAUGUGUUCAUGUAACAGCAGGGCCAAGCCAGCCCAAAGGCCACAAUUCCUCGAGGGUAACUUUCCAGGGUACACACAUGCCAAUAAUGAGCAGAAGGCCAAAGGAAAAAGUAGGUAGGGACAGAAGCCAAAGUGGACAGAGCAAGAGUAAAUUUGUGCAGUAGGCUGUAUUCCAGCCACGCUUUCUACAGACACGUCUCUCUCCAUCUUCCAGACAAGGAAAGCAAGAGGUAUUAUCAAUGUUCAAGGACCCAUUCCUGCCAGGAAAAACACUUAAGGAGCGCUGGUGUGAGUUGUGGCCUUCAAGGAGGUUAGUGAAGGCUGAAUUGAGAGGCUAGAUAGCAUCCCUCUCUACUUCUGCAGCUAUUCAGGCUCCAUCCACCACAACAUCCCCGGACAAUUUAUUCACAGCAUGUAAAAACAGAACCUGCAGGACAAUACAUGACUGUGUGGCAAAAAUGAAUUGGUUAGAUAAAAAUAAAAGUUUAUUUAAAAAAGAAGUAUAUUUUGUAAAGUGACAGGCUGUCACUCAGGGCAUCAUCUUGCUCCUUCUUCACCUAAAAUGACAAGACAAAUGAAUCCAAGAGAGCCAUAUUUUGUGACAAUGGUUUCAUAUACAAAUGACCUAACGAAAUGCAAAAGUAGAUAAACAGCCCCCUUUAAAUUUGCAGAAGACUUUCAGGAGGAGACACUUAGGGACAGAGAAGCGGAUUGCUUCCCUCCUUCUCUAGCUUCUCCCAACAACUUUUCAUUUUGGGGUUUUGUAUUUGGCCUCUGGCUCACGCAUCUUGCCACUCUCACAGUCCCCAUUUCCUGUGCCCAAAGAGCCAUUUAUCUGCCAUCGCAGAUGCUUGGAUGUAAUGUAAAUCCCAGCCCCAAGUUAGAUAAAAUCUUUGUCUUCAGAGCUAGAGUCAUCAGGUGAAUCACUCUGGCAACUACUCGGCAUUAGACUCCAGUCACAGUUGCCACCACCCACCUUGUCCUGCCGCUUCAUCACCCCAACCAUGGCAGCUGCCACCUCCUGACCAGCUGGAGAAGGAACAUUGGGGCUGAGGAACAAGUCUUGUGGUUGCCUAGUCACCCCCUACAUAGAAUCAAUCAUAGAAUCAUAGAGUUGGAAGAGACCACAAGGGCCAUCGAGUCCAACCCCCUGCCAAGCAGGAAACACCAUCAGAGCACUCCUGACAUAUGGUUGUCAAGCCUCUGCUUAAAGACCUCCAAAGAAGGAGACUCCACCACACUCCUUGGCAGCAAAUUCCAAUGUCGAACAGCUCUUACUGUCAGGAAGUUCUUCCUAAUGUUUAGGUGGAAUCUUCUUUCUUGUAGUUUGGAUCCAUUGCUCCGUGUCCGCUUCUCUGGAGCAGCAGAAAACAACCUUUCUCCCUCCUCUAUGUGACAUCCUUUUAUAUAUUUGAACAUGGCUAUCAUCUCACCCCUUAACCUCCUCUUCUCCAGGCUAAACAUGCCCAGCUCCCUUAGCCGUUCCUCAUAAGGCAUCGUUUCCAGGCCUUUGACCAUUUUGGUUGCCCUCCUCUGGACACGUUCCAGUUUGUCAGUGUCCUUCUUGAACUGUGGUGCCCAGAACUGGACACAGGACUCCAGGUGAGGUCUGACCAGAGCAGAAUACAGUGGCACCAUGCUUCCACCUCCCUUCUUAAAUGCUCUCCCACCAAACAGGCCCCAACUCAGACCUCAGACUCUUAGCUAGAUAUGAGUGGCAGUAGCAGGAAAUAUGCCAGAGUGUUUUCCUGAAUCAAGAAGGUGGAGCAGAUGAUGUUCAGCAUUUCAAAAAUCUUGAUAUUGAGGCAGUUCCCCUUGAUGAAGGAUUCUCCCCUCCCACCCACCCAGCAACCAGUAGUAUCCAUUUUGGCAACCAUUUAGGAGAAGGAAUUCACCUUUCUUUCCAGUGAGGAGCACUGGCCCAGAUAGUUGCUGCUGUUGUGAUCCUAGCAUGAACAGUCCCCACCAUGACAUUUCAACAUGUAUAUUUUUUAAUUUCCAAGUGCCCAGCUGUGCUCCUCCCUGACUAUAAACAGAUUACAUGGGGCAUACGUGAUAAGAGUUUUCCAAACAUUGCUUUAGCUGACAUUUGAUGGUGAUGACUUUAUUGCAAGAACAAGGCGCUAACCCAAAAACUAGACAUGGAUGAAGAACGGCGUUUUGGAAUUGACACAGGAUCAUCUUUUCUUUGUCACUGCUGCUCUAAGUUUGGCUAAACCAACAGGCAUAUUGGAGCGACUUGGAUUUUACUAUAGCUUCCUCACGAGGUGCUUAGGAACCUUGCAGUAGGGAUGCACCUAGAUGUGAAAACGACAGAGAAAAUGGAGAUAAUUGUUCACUGGAUCUAGAGAGGGCAUCAAAGGACUCAAUGAUUUCCAUCCUGCUAGAGUUAGCUUCUUAACUAAGUCCCAUCAAAAGCUGUAGGCAAGAGCUGGAGGACCUUUCUCAGCCUGAGGGGUUCUGGGUAACCUCCCACAGGCCAGUGGUGGGCAGGACCAAAAGUAGGAAGAGAAGAUGUGGUCUGGGGAGAGUUCUGAGCCCCAGGCAGAGAGACCUGGUGGGCCACAUUUAGUCCCAGGCCUGAGGUUCCCCAUCCCUGCUAUAGGGCCUAAGUUAAUCAUGACCAGCUUAUUCCAUUGGCUUCACAGUGGGAACUUCAACUGGUUCAUUUAGACCAAUAGGUUUGAAUCCCAGAAUGUGGAUAAAACGGACAAAUCAUCAUUAAAGUCAGUUUGGGGGACUGAAAAAAUUGUGGAAUUCAUAGGUGACAUUAUACAUGAACAAGCAUAACUUUCUGUUUUUAUUCAAAUUAUCCUUGGGCUGCUUGCAUAAGCUUUACAAAGCAGCUGACAAUUUAUCACCAUUUAAAGCUCAAGAAAGCCAGCUAAUAGUAAUGUAAAUUAACACAGAAAAUAUUGACAUACUGUGCCUUUUAAAAUGAAAGGAAAGCUUUUAAUGUUUGAUGCAGGAUUUUCCCCCUUUGUAUUUUCUUGGAAGCUGCCCAGAGUGGCUGGAGUAACCCAGUCAGAAGGGCGGGGUUUAAGAAAUUUAUUUUGUUGUUGUUGUCGUUUGGGUUAUUGGUCUGUUUUUGUUUUACAGUGGUGCCUCGCAAGAUGAAAUUAAUCCGUUCCGCGAGUAUCUUCGUCUAGCGGUAUUUUCGUCUUGCGAAGCAACCCUAUUAACGGCUUAGCAGAUUAGCGCUAUUAGCGGUUUAGCGGCUAUUAAAGCCUUAGCGGCUUAGCGGAUUAGCUGCUAAAAGGCUAUUAAAGGCUUAGCGGCUUAGAAAAAGGGGGGGAAGCAAAAAAAAAUCUCAAGACUCGCAAGACAUUUUCGUCUUGCGAAGCAAGCCCAUAGGGAAAUUCGUCCUGCGAAGCGCAUUGGAAACGGAAAACCCUUUCGUCUAGCGGGUUUUCCGUCUUGCGAGGCAUUCGUCUUGCGGGGCACCACUGUAUUAUGUAUUUUAUGUUCUUAUUUUGUAUUUUUCCUGUUGUGAAGCACCCUGGGAUGUUUGGAUGAAAAGCAGUAUACAAAUUAAAUGAAUGAAUGAAUAAAAUUUUGCUGAACUGAACUCAAACAAAAUGCCCAAUGUAAUACAUAUUCAUUUAUCUAAACAACGUGUUCCCAAUGCUUCUGUCUUCUGACUGUAGGCCAGGAGAUAGGAUCACACUUCUGGAGGACUCAAAUGAGGACUGGUGGAAGGUACGAUCGCAAUUACCCAAGUAAUAUGGAAAGAAAGAAAAUGAACAUUGCAUGUGUGUAUUGGUCAUUAGUGCUGAUGCACCAACAGCACGUUCCUUUGCUUCAGUGCGUUGGAGCAACAUUUUGUGUGCUUAACUCUGGUCUAAGGGAACACUUUUGUUCCUUGGUAGCCGCUCAGUAGUUGAUGUAAAGUAGUACUUUACUGGCAGUGUGGACAGUUCCCCCACACAGAGCACUGAGUUGAGAGGGGGACAUAAUAAAUAAAUAAUAAUAAUGCCUAUAUUUACAUGGGUAUCUACUGAGAAUAUCGACAAAAAGCAACUGUACCCAAAGGAAUUAUUGUGAAAAUUAGAAAUAUUGGGGGGGGGAUUUUGUUCUUGCUCAGGGCGUCAUAUUACCAAAAUCUGGCCCUGUUAUUGGCAUUCUAAGGAAGCCUUUGCAAGGCACAGCAGCAGCAAGGAAGGGACAUUGGUUGAUGGGAGGGUGGAAGGAAAGUAGGCUUGCCCAGCAGUAACCCCAGAGGCACCUUCAACUGCAACCUCACGCCCCCACCUCCCAAACAUCAGCACUGCCUUCUUGGCAAAUUACUGCAACAAUUUAAGGGCUCUUCCCUUCUUUCUCAAUCUGGGGUGCUGAUUCAGAGCAGUAGCUGGAACAGAAGGAUGCAAUCAACCCAUCCCCCUAUUUGGUGGGAGCAUUAUCAUAACGUGAGAGACAGUGUGGUGCACCAGUUAGAGUCUCUGAAGAAAUUCAGGUUCAACUCCCCACUAAGCCACAUAGCUGACUGGGCGGCCUUGGACUGGUCACUGUCUCUCAGCUGUAGCUGCCUCACAGGGUAGUUUUGAGGAUAAAAUGGGAGGAAGGAGAACUACGUACACCACUUUGAAUGCCUGUAAAGGUAAAGGACCCCUGACAGUUAAGUCCAGUAGCAGAUGACUCUGGGGUUGCAUCGCUCAUCUCGCUUUACUGGCCGAGGGAGCCGGCGUUUGUCCACAGACAGUUUUUUCCAGUCAUGUGGCCAGCAUGACUAAGCUGCUUCUGGCGCAACAGAGCACGGAAACCAUAGCAGUACAUGGAAAUGUCGUUUACCUUCCCGCCAGAGCAGUACCUAUUUAUCUACUUGCACUUUUUGGCGUGCUUUCGAACUGCUAGGUUGGCAGGAGCUGGGACUGAGCAACAGGAGCUCACCCCAUCAUGGGGAUUCGAACCGCCGACCUUUAGAUCGGCAAGCCCAAGAGGCUCAGUGGUUUAGAUCUUGGAGGCUAAAAAUGUAAUAUAUACAAAACAAAAUGCAAUGCUGCAGCCAUGCAGUCCCAGGGCAGUUAUGUACCACUCAAUACAAUGUACUUUGUAAAUAUUAAAUGGAAGGGACAUUCUGAGCUCAUCCUUCACCCCCAAAGGCCCAUGCAAAAUGGACCAGAUGUCGUAAGGUAUACAGUGUGGCCAGACCUCAGAACAGAGGUCAUUUCACAGUCUGGGGGCCACCACAGAAAGACCCUCUCAUACCCUAUCACCCCAUGAACUUCAUAGGAUGGCAGAACUGCCAACAAGGCUCUCUCCAUAUCUAUAUAGGAGUAGUAACUCCUUCAGAUAUCUGGGCUGCAUGUCACUUAGUGCUUUCUGCAACAGCAUAAAUAAACUGAAUUUAGCUUAGAAGCACACCAGCAACCGGUGUAAGUCUUUAAGAUCAGGCCACUGCCUUCUGUACCAGUAGCAGCAGCUUCCAAACCAUCUUCAAGAGCAUUACAGCAGCCCAUAACUCUUCUUCUGUCAUUUCACCUUCUUCACAGGGGAAAAUAGAAGACCGAGUUGGCUUUUUCCCAGCAAAUUUCGUUCAAAGAGUACAACAAGAUGAACAUGUCUUCAGGUGUAUCAGAACGUUUAUUGGAUGCAAGGAGCAGGGGCAGAUAACCCUGAAAGAGAACCAAGUGAGUAAACGUGGAAUUCCUUCCUGUGCAUUAAAACAUUGCGAUCACAUCUCUACUUUUCUCAUGCUCCAUCAAAUCCCAUGGUACGUACUUCCAAGAGAAUGUAUUAUGAUUGGAGAUUUGAGAUCAUGAUGCCUAGCAUACAUACCUUCAAGUAUAUAUGAAAUAUAUGAAAGUAUAUAUGAAAGUUCACACAGUCAUGUUCCCCCCUUGAUGUUUACAGCACCCAUGAUAAAUUGCAAAAUGGAUGUCGCCGAUUAAGCACCACAAGGGGAGCACUGUUACUGGACACAAUACUUUCCACUAGAGACAGUUGUGUGAUCUGUGAUAGUCAAUUAUUUACUUGCAUGUGCAAAUCAGCUGUUCGUUCCAAGGAAGUGGGCUUACAUUGAGUCAUAAUUGAACUGAAAGAUACUACCAUGGCAAAUUAUAUGGACCUGGGGUUUUUUUAUUACUGUUGCUUCCUACUAGCCCAUGGCAGUCCAGCUUAUGCCAGGCAGUUAAGCAGAUUAAUAGAAAACUAGUCCAUAAUAGGACAAGAGUCGUUCACAGUCUCCAUUAAUUAAAAGCAAUGAUUAAAAAGCCAGUCCAUCUUGCUAGCACCUCCACUGCCUCUCAGUCACAGCAAGUGAAAGUAAUUUUCCUUCCUUUUUUUAAUAUUCAUACAAAAAAAGCCAGUUAAGUCAAAAUAAUGCUAUUGGUUGAUGCUAUUAAUGGAUUUUGGGGAGGCACUGAGUGAAAUGACAAGUACUCUGCCACUACCAUGGGAAGAAGGAGCACACAGGACAUCAGGUCAGACCACUGGUCAAUCUUCUAGCCCUUUUGCGCAAUCAGUUUUGGGAGGAUACCAAAGUUCAGGGAUGGCCGAUGAACAAAAACAAUGCAGAAUACUGCUGUGCACCAAAUCAAGCCUUUGGUCCAUUUAGCUCAGCAUCUGCACUGACUGGUCGUAACCCUCCAGGCUUUCAGACAGAAGACUUUUCCAGCCACACUGGACACUGGACCUGGGAUGUUCUGUGUACAAAGCAGGCACUCUGCCCCUGAAGAUGAACUUGUGUGAUGUGCUCAGAAUUUAGGGUUGCCAUGUUUCAAAAAGUGAAAAUCCGGACACAAAAAUUGUUGAGCUUCUUCUGACAAAGUUGUUGUUUUUCUCUCUUUUUUUGGCCAAAUUUUUUUUGAAGUUUUUGAGCUGUUUUAAAGGAAAUUCACCAAAAUCUACACCUCCAGCAUGGGUUGCCAUACGUCCGGAUUAUCCUAGACAUUUUGGCAAUUUCCUCCCAGGAACUGUUUCCAACUGCCAAAUCCCAGCUAUGCCUGGGAGAUUCUGGACGUAUGGCAACAUAGCUGUCAACCGUCCCUUAUCGCGUCGUGUCCCUUAUUGAUGAUGUCCCUUCAAUUUCCCGGGUUUCAAAGGAAGCAGCUCCUCUCCCUCCCUGCCUGCCGGCUAGGGAGGAGGGAGGCUCCAACUGUGUUUCUUGGUUGCGUUUCUCACCUAGUAAGGAGUCUAAGAACGACAGGGGGGGUGGAGCUUGCAUGCCUUAUGCCAAUCAAAUCAGCUGCAUUGCCUGGGGACUCGCCUUUGCUCAGCGCUUCCCAGCAGAGAGGUGACAGUGGUUUUCCUUGAGGCUUCGUUUGGCUGCUGGCUGGGCUUUCUGCCUUUGGCUCGGAGGGGCUCAGAAGUUGAACAUACCUGUGCUUGGAAAAUCCCUUAUUUUGGCUGCUGAUCCCUUAUUUUCGAGGCUGCUGGUCCCUUAUUUUCAAAUCUGUAAGUUGACAGCUAUGAUGGCAACCCUAUCAGAAUUUGGCGCAUUCAUUUCAUGCGCCAAACGUACUCCAUAGUGCUGACCAGCUUGCACGGUAAGACCCUGUGCACGGGCGGAUCACUGCCUGUGCCAGCUGCAGUUUCCAGGAGCCUCCACGUGGUGGAUCUCAGCCGGCUCACAUAUUUAUGUGACAAACCCAUCUGACCACGUUGCGCACAUAUGAAUUUACAGUAUAGAGCUGCUUUCUCUUUCUUUGAUACAGACAUUAGACAACGAAACCACUGAACCAAACUGACUGCUAGGAACACUCAUUUGCUAAGCCUGAGGUGGAGUUCCUUGAUGUUUUAAAAUGGUCCUGAACGUCACAAACAGGAAUGUAUCCUUGCUCCUUCUUACACAAACUCGCCAGCACAUUAAUGAGGGUUAUAUAUGUAUGGCAAGACGUGCACAUACAAACCAUAAAAUGCCCAUUGCAGGAAAUGAGGAAGUUUUUAUGCACAAUGUUAUAUCAACAGCAGCAAUACAAAACAUCAUUCAGACAGGCAGAGAUAUUUUUAGUGCCUCCUAAUGCAUGCUGGGUCGCUUUGCCCAGACAGCAAAGCACUUUGUGUUUAUAUAGCUUUGUACCCUUCUGCUUUCAAGUAGAUAAUAUAAACCCUUGUAACAAAGCUGGAGCCUGAGAGGGGUAGGAAAGAGCAUGGCUUGCCCGCCAACUUUAGGAGGGCCUUGGGGAGAAAUGGCACAAAGAACUCCUUCAAAACAAGUGAGCGAUGCUCUGAGCUGCCCGAACACUGCAGCCACAGAUAGGGACCAGUUCUGCACUAGAUCUCCCUGAUGUUGUGCUGGGAGUUAAAUGCAUGACAGAUGUGGGAAGAAAGGAACCGCUGAGCCCAAGGCAUGGGAAGAUCUAGGGAGGUGGUGCAGAGAAGACUUGAUUGGCUAGGAAAGAUGGGGGGGUCUCUUUUAGACUGAGGCCCACAUUUCCAAGGGCCACAGGCCAGUGGUAGAUGAGGCCAGAGACAAAACUGAGCAGAGCAACUGGUGUGGCUUACCACUGCACAGCAGGCAACAUUCCAGUCAAGCAAAAGCCUGAGGUUUCAACAUAACCAGGAAAUCAGACAAGGAGGCCUUUGAAGAUUGCAAGAGAUUUCAGGCCAUCUCAUUAGGCCUGUUUUGGAUUCAGGUGUCCACACACACACACACACACACACACACACCGCAAGGAGCCUCGUGAAACUUGCUUUUGUCUAAUCUCUACUUAAGGCACACACCAGUGUUAGAAUGGGUGGGAGGAAGGAGAAAAUAUUGCAUUAUGUUCAUGAGGCUGAAUUGGAAAGCACACAUUACAAAUUUUGCCUGAUGGUCAGCUGAUAACUAAAGUGGUAUUAUGCAGGCCCCAUUGUUUCUUGUGUGGUUGCCAUCCCAUUGUCAUGGGCUUUGAAAUUUGGUGGUCUGUUUCAGCUCAGACCUUACAAAGCAUCACCUAUACCUAUUUAGGUUCCUGAAUAGAAGUGGUUAUUGAGUGUGGGGUGUUUAAACGUUUCUCUCCAUUCUUUGUCUACAGAUCUGUAUUACUUCAGAAAAGGAACACGACGGCUUUAUCAAAGUAUGCAGUGGAAAGAAAAAGGGCUUUGUCCCCGUAGAUGCCCUAGAAAACAUCUGAGUUUUCCCUGUUCAACCACUUCAGUUAUGAUGCUUUGCUGGCAAGACCUGCCUGCCUCAUCUUGCACUGUGUAACCCCCAAUGAAGCUGUCUUGCAGAUGACCAAGGAAAUCAUAUGACAACCACAAUGAUCAGUUGAUAUCAGACAUUUAAGCAACAAGAGAUGGUUGGUCAACAACAAUCAGGAAUGGAGCCAGACAAGAGUGGUACAAGGCUUAGGAAAGGAAUAGCUUGUUUACUUUUUAAAAUAAGUGAAAAGUUAAACUGGAUAAUUUUUUUGAGCAAGGCUGCUAACUAUUACACUGAUGGGAACAGAGAACUAAACUUAGAUUUGCACCCUGUUCACGUGUCUUAAGAAAACUGGGACUUCUUUCUCAUUUGAAGUGUGAUUGAAUGAGUAAGGGUUCAGACCUUUUCCUUGUAUUACUACAGCUUGAAGUAUAUAGUGUGAGUCUGGUCCUAAAAUGUUGUCCAUGGUUUUAGCGAAUCGGCAUAAUGUUUGGUUCUGACUUUUUUCCGUUUCAGUAACAAGGCAGUUUGGAUGAAUUGUGGAGCUGUUGGUUUAGGAAACAGUUUGUGGUCUGGACUUCUCUGUGAUUUUUGAUAUAUGUUGCUGUGGCGAUCUUGUACGUCCUUUGGGUUUCUUGUAUACAAGCAAAGAUUUUAGCACAUGUUGGAUGUAAAUGUUUAAACAUCUGAUGAACAAGCACUGUUUCCCCAAAGCAGGCCUACUCCAAAAUAGUCUUUCCUUUUCCUUCUGUAGGAAGGAAGCAGGUCUCAGAAACAAGAAACUGGGUUGCAGAAUUUUUCUAUUUUUCUGAUAUUGUUUGAGCAUAUUUUUUAAUAUAUAUGUGUAUAUAGCAUGUUCCUGUUUAUAUGGUUAACCAAUUUCAUUUCACAACAGGGGGAAACAGAUUCUAGCUGACAAAAAACAAUGAGUGGAAUAAAAACAUACUGAGCUAACACAUUUGUGAACAAAAGCAACCAAAUUCAAAAGACCAAAGGUGUUAGCAAUUCACCUUGAAGCACAUGCCAGAAACAAGUUAGGCAUAUUUCAGCUUAUUGACUUACAAGACUUAAGCACGCCUAGUUUUGGAAUCUGGCCACAAAUGGAAACUGCAGCUAUAAAACCAGAAUUUCACCCACGGUUUCAAAUUGUGGUUCAACGAGCAGUCUAGUCAGACGUUCUGUCUGCAUCAAGGAAUCAUCCUUGAGGCUGUGCAGAAAUUACAAGGUACACAAGAAUUCAGAGACUUAAGUAACAAGGAAUCUAUCGUUGCCCAACAUUUACUGUUUUAAGAGUUCCAAGCCCCUCUCGUUCUUCUUUUUAUAAAUCAACUAUCUAGAAAUUCCCCUUUGAACAAGUUUUACCAGCAUGUUUAAAACGUGCACACAAUCUCAAAGGCAAUAUAAACAUAAGGGAAGGAAAAGAAGGCGGUGAGAGUUACACUUGUAAAGGAUGAAAGGGUUGCAGACAAUGGCGAUUUCCCCUUAGCCAAUUGACCAUGGUAUCGUGUGUGACAGCUCCACAGAAAAUCAUGUGCCGCCCUUAAAACACUUCAGCUCUUUGGCUGAAGAACAGGGUUGGCUAACCUGAGGCCCAGGAGAUAUUGCUGGACUGCAACUCCCAUGAUCUCUGACCACCAACUCUGCUGGCUGGGGCUGAUGGGAGUUGGAAUCCAAGAACUUCUGGCAGUUAGCCACAGGUUAACCAUCCCUGCUGAAGAAAAACAACAACUCCACAGUUGUACACUUUUGAAAACUGCUUAGCUGGCAGCUCUUAAGCAAGAAGCACGUAGCUGUAUUCCAGUACCUCUAAGUACAUCUGUUCAACCUUCACCUCUUGCCUUGCACUCCAAUCUGUGGCUGAAACCCAGUGCGUAUUUGCUACCAGAGAUGGUGCAGCUGGGACGUUCAUGGCCACUUUUUUGUACUUAGCAAAGGGCUCCUGUGUCUAGCAUAUACUCAACUCUGCAUCCCGGUCCUGCAGUUACAUUUGCCGACAUGGAAAUGCUGAAUGUGUGCAUGGCUCAUCCGUACAACAGGAGCCAUAUGUGGGCUUAUAGGUCCAUGUAUAUAUCUGAGUAGCUUGAAGAAGUUUGCCUGUUACUGUAUGGAGUAGAAUUGGACACUGAUGACAACCAUUCCAUCCAUUUUCUAGCUCUUGAACAUGUAAAUAGUAAAGCCAUCCCCCAAAAGAGAAGGGAGAUUCAGCUUCAUAUCUUUUAAUAUAUAUACUAUAUAUAUAUAUAUAUAUAUAUUUGCGAUUCCUUUUUUUUUUUUUGCAUAGGAAAACCAGGCAACUUAAAAUGUAAUCCUAUGCAUGUCUGCUCAGAAGUUAAGUCUCACUGAGUUCAAUGAGGUUUACUCCCAGGUAAGUGGCUAUGGGAUUGCAGCCUUAGUGUUAGGAAACAAAAGUCCCUUAUAACAAAGGGGAAGAACAGCAGACGCAUUAUCGACACAGCCUCUUUUAUGUCAUGGCUUUAUUUGACAUUUACUGAUCUGAGCAAAGUGGGGUCCUGCAAUGCCUGCCGAAAAAUCAAACUCAGUGCUAUAGUUAGUGUCUUCUGAUCCGCAAAGACUAGGUCAAAUUAUACAUCCAUCCAUACAUGCUACUGUUUACUUGAAUGCAACAUACUGUGAUUCUGUCCUGUUUCAGUGGCUUCUGUUAAUUUCAAGUUCCUCCUUCAAUCCUGCUUCAUAGGAUAAAGAUGAAUAUUACUUUCAGUUCACAAUGGCCUUUAAUCAACGUCUCAUUUCUUUUGAUACUAAGCAAUAAAAUAAAGAUUUUUUGUAAGAAAAAAA